AGUCUGUCAGUGUAUGGGCGGGGCCUAAGCUCGCUGUGUCUGCUUUGCUCUAGCGGAGGAAGGACAGCUGCUCUCAGCGGCGAAGGAAGGGAACGGAAAAACUACACAAUGCGUUAGCCACGGGCAAUGGCUCGUCCCCAAACCUCCUUCUAAUUCUCUGUCCGAGCCACUCCGAGAUAAAUAUGGCGUGAGAAGACCCGGGGAGGAUAACUGCGAAACUGUCGGGAGUUACUCGUAGCGGCGGACUCAGCUGCCGCUGCCUGGAAGUUUUUUGUUGUUUUCCCGUCGUGGGGCCCCGACGGUGGCGGCGGCUCUCUCCCCGGAGCGGUGUCCCGGUCUGCCCAGCCCCAUGCAAAACCUAACGGCCCCUGGCGGCCCCGGCAACUCCAAUGUCACCUGCUCCUGCAACUGCACCGCUUCCCAGCCACAGGGAAUGGAGAUAUGUGAGUAACAGUAGUUGCUUUUUUUCCUGACCUUAAAACCCCACCGAGAUACUUCAGUUAAUCCGCAUGUACAGUCUCAAGUGCAGGAGAAGUGCUCCAGUGAGACUCGGGUUUUCCUCCAUCACGGUCAACAAACUCUGCUCUUGACCCUCUCUUGGCCGUUUGUGAUCCUCAUAUCUCUGAAACACUUUGAAGAAACUUGCUGUUGUCUGUUGUCUGUGUUUGAAAAGGGGGGGUCGACUCGACUGAUAUAGUUUUGUAGGGCCGAUACCGAGACCACUUCAUGAGACCUAUGGCAGAGAUUUGGAACCACCAUGCAGUAAAGAAGGAAAUCUAAAUUUUGAAUAUUGUCUAUGGCAAUACUGUGGUAGAAGUAACUUAGUCUUGCAUUCAGAAUGGUCAUGAAGUAAUAUAGCCAUGAGAUACACAACACUGACUACUUAAUGUGACCAAUCUAAAAAUGCAUUUAAGAAAAGUGUGUAGAACUGCUGCAUUCAUGUGCUCUUCAGUUGAAUGUAGCAGAUGUUAAAGGUGAAUAAUCAUAAUAUCACAUGAGUAUGUUUGUAUUUUACAUGGAUAACCAAAACCUCUCGGUCAAGAAGUAGAAAGUUAUUUUUACCUCCAGAAUCUGAUGUGAUAAAGUUAGAAGAUCUCUUAUUUAACAUCAAAGUACUCGUCUGGAUUUCCAAGCAAAAGCCCAGAUUAAUAGCCAGGCUGAUAAUCAGUCAACCCCUAGUUUGUAAAGUCAAACAUAAACUUUAGAGUUCAGUCUGGCGUCUACUGGAGUGACUGGCGUAUCAAACAGUAUUUGAUACAGCCUAUAAUGAUCGUCGUCAGUAACCAUAGGGACAGGGACAUGUUGUUUUACUCAGCCUGCCCUAAUCGUUCAGUACAGUACAGGGUAUCUGAGUUUUCAGGAAGUACUGCAGAUUUACUGUACUAUCAUCUUCCUGAGCUCUGAUAUAACUGUAAGUUUUCUCUCUCCUGCCAUAAAUACUCAGAGAUUUAACCUCACAGGGCCUGUAUGGCUGUGCAUAUGCUCUGGGAGAUCACCACAGAGGGUUAAAUAGUUUGCCUGUCAGCACAGACAGGAAACGCUGGAAUGGUAUGUUAUGUCUGUCUGCCUUCUGAGCAGCUCAGAGAGAAACUAUCAUUAUCAGCUCUGCCCUAAUGCUGCUGCCUGCUAGAUCCACUGCAGAUGUUCCUUUUUAUGACUGAAGCAGAGACAGACACAUGCAGGCAUUCAAGCAGGCAGGCAGGCAGGCAGACAGACAGGCAGUAAUGCAGAGGACAGCCAGACAGACAGAGUAUGUAUCCAUUCUGACAGAUCUGCAGACAGACCGCCAAAGACAAAUAAACAGGAGACGGGCACACAGCAGACAUGUAGACAGGCGGGUAGAUUCAUAAGCAGGCAGCCAGACAUGUACGGACAGAGAUAUAAACAGAGAUGUAGACACAGACAUCUGAAGCUAGCUAGACAGGCACACAUAUUGAGAGACAGACAAGCAGACACACAGACAAGCUACAGACGGAUAGACGGACAGAGUUACAGUGAUGUGUAAUUUCCAUUGGGGCUGAGGGCCAGGCCUGGGCAACGUGAGGUGAACGCAGGAUAUUAGAUUCAGAUUUGGCAGCAAUGGGUGGUUGUGCUGACGCCACAUUGUAACCAAGAAGCGUGUGUGUGUGUGUGUGUGUGUGUGUGUGUGUGUGUGUCUGGCAGACAGACUGGUGUGCGACCAUUCGUUUUCUGUGGCAUCAUCGUAUUGCUAGCCAGGAAAAACGCACAUAGUCAGGCAUGAGCCGGUGCGUCCACAGACACACUGCCACAACAGAGGGAGCCUAAUGAGAUGAUCCAGAAGAAGUGCCUCAGACUGGACAAGUGUGCUGCAAGAGAGUCUAAUAAUUGUGAUCAUAGAUAUUUACAGUGUAUGACAAACAGAUUAGCAUACACAAGAUUAUGAAUGCAUCUGUAUUUGUGAGCACAUGAAUGCUGCUGGUGAAACGUUUUCAGUACUUAUCAUCCAAAUGUCUCACUAGUUGGAGAGAGCUCCAUUCACAAGUGGUUUGAAAUAGCUGUCCUACUGUAGUGGCCGUCUGGUUUGAAAAGAACUCUUGUUUGUCGGCUGUGUUGUCAUGCAGACUCGGCAAAGGCUGAAUAAUGUAGCUCAUGCUUUGAUGAUUUCUCUGGCUGAAGAAAAGAGCUACAGUCUGCCUUUUUUUCCUUUUUUUUUUUUUAAGCAGAGCGGGCGGUCUCACUGGUGUGUUUCCUCUUUAUUCAGACGAGGAGAAAAAAAAUUGAAAGGGACUACGAACAUAGAGGGAUCACAGCGCAGACAGUGUGUCACGGCCAGGAGUCGAACCUCUGCCUACACACAGGGAUUCACAUGUAGGAUUUGAAAGGAAGAGACCUUUAACAAGUGUUGGUCUGGAGCUGUUGCUGGGCUUGGAUUGCAGCUCUCUUGUUUUGAAGGUGUGGUAUUAAACAGUCCUGAGGUCAAACACCACAGUUUCGUAUUUACUGUACUUAUGCAGAUUCUUCAGCUUUAACCUACACUCAGCAGUGUUUUAAUCUCUUUUCUAUCUGGUCACAUUUCCAUGGCGAUAGAAACCAUUACCCACAUUAUUCUAGUUUAAUAGGAUGUUGGGUUUCUGUGUGAUGGUUCAGUCCCUGCAGGGUGAGAGCAUCGGCAACAUCUUUGACUCUUAAGUCUUUUAAUCUGGUAUUGACUCUGACUCCUAUCAGCCUUGUCUUUUUAAACAAGCGGGCAAAUAUUAUGUGCCAACUGUGAGAGGUCAUUACUCCUUCACCUAAUGCAAAUACGCAUUUCUUUUUCAGUCAGAAGGACACAACUUGGUAGCGGGUCAGUGCUGUAUUUAGUAAUGUGGAUUCUCAGAAAAGUCUGGAACAAAAGUGAAAGCACACAGACCAGUGAGGGAGUUUAUCUGGAAAAUAGAGGGUUUGUAGAAGCAGAUUAGAUAAUCAAGGAUGCAUUUAGAAACUUCUGUGAACUGCUGGAUUGGACAUGAACAAACAAAUUCUUUCCUGGUAUCAAUAAAUUUUGGUAAAAGUAACAGGUCGUCUGAGUGGCAUUUUAAACCCGGCUGGAUUUGUGUGUCUUGAUGAAUUGAAUAUUUCAUUGUGAUUGUGGGAUUUCCUGAUGCAAAUUUGCAAACAUUUUUUAACUGAUAGAGGAUCGGCCAUUGAGCCAAUUUUCUCACCUUAAGUCUUGACAUCAGCUGUUGCAACUGAGCAAAAUUUGCAGCAGAACACAAAUGCACAAGUAACUUAGCAUUAGUAACCCAGCAGCUAAAGUGCCACCAGUCAGUGUGUUUACAUGUUGCUCAAAGGAGUGAAUCUAUUGCCUUAGUCUGACUGAAACUGGACCCUUAAAAGCAUGUAAACAUGCACUAAAUGAACUACUCAUAGUCCGGUAAUCAUAUGUAGAUAAUGAAAUUGGGGAAUCGAUUUUCUCUCUCAUAUGGCACAAUCAGACUGAAACAGGCCCAAGUGUUCUGAGCAUGCUGGGAGUUGAAUAGCAUGGAUGAAACUUUCCGGCCAUACAAAUAAACUUUAGGGAGCUUCAAAAGUGAUGCCACCUACUGAAGAUAAUUCUGACACCCAUUUGAUUCUUGCCCAGUACAUGUAAACUGGGACAAGGACAGUAGCUGCCUCUAUGUUUCAGUGUGUGGGGACAGUGAAAAGGGAAUAAUGGGUGAUAUUUAGAUGUAAGUGCUCGCUUGCUCACCCAUCCUGUUGGUGAAGGGAUGGUGGCCUUUGAGGACAAGAUUCUUUUGUGAUGCAGUAGUAUGAUCCUCCAUUUAAUGUGCACAACAACAACUACUGUCUUCUAUGCACUAAACACAAAAAUGCAAACGGUGUAUAGUUUGUCCAUUUUAAGCUACUGUAGAAACAUGGCAGUGCAAGAUGGCUGCCUAUGUGGACUUGUAAAAGAAAGGCCCCUUCUGAGUUAAGUUUGAAGUUCAUUCAGGUCAUUAAAGACAAAUUUAAACAUACUUUUGAAUAUGAUAUUCAAUUUCUACGGGGUCUGUUCUGCUAAGGGCCGCACUUACCCCAAACUGACUGCAUCUCGAAGACAUAAAAAAAUGAACAGAUUAGGCCAAAAGAAAAACAGGGCUCUUUGCUCUCGGUACUGCUUCCAUAAUUCAGCCUUCAAUUUUUACAGAGACAGAGUGAAAUGAUACUGCAGGGUAUUUUCUCCAAAUAUCUGCAUCUUAUUUAUGCUUCUCUGGACACACACACACACACACACACACACACACACACACACACACACACACACACACACACACACACACACACACACACACACACACAAACACACACAAACACAAACACAAACACACACACACAGCAGUAAAGCUGUAUACAUGCUCCUUCCUCUUGGGAAAGGCCUGGGUCCAUGUGUCAGAGACUCAAGUGGCUGUCUGCGUCUGUGUGUAUGUAACAGUUAGCCUGCAGCACAGGCCGGCCAGCCAGCCAGACGGAUGUAAACGGCCUGAUCUGUAAUCCCGUGUAUGAGUGGUGUUAGUGUGUAGGUGGCAGUGGGGUCAUCUGUCAACUACCUCAGGCCAAACACGCACUCAGCUACUUGUUGACUCUAACUCAGACACAUACAGAAAGACGUACACAUGGGCACACGCGCACACAUUUACACCUAGAUAUAUACACACAGACGCACACACACACACAUGCACAGACAGCCACUCUCAGGCUCAGCCAAUAUUUACCCUGCAGUCUCUCGCCAGACAGCCAAUCCAAUCUCUCACUAAGCUCUUUGUUGUUUGUUUGGGGUUUGUUUUUUUGCCUCCUUUUUUGUUUGGUUUGUUUGUGAAGGUGUAGUUGAUUUGAAAUUAGUUUGGUUUUUAUUUCCUUUUAUUAUUAAUGAAUGUAAGUAAUGAACCUGGAGAAAAGAAGUCUUCAAACUCUGGAUAGGCUGCAUAAUUCUGGGACCCUGGGGAGGGGAGUGGCAAAGACAAGCCAACAGCAGCAUGUAAAGAAAAGAUUUGUUCCUCCUCCAGACAGACUUCUUUCUGCCAUCACUGCUUCUGUAAUUAAUUUCACUGGGAAUUUGUACACUUGCUUAGUGUUUCUCAGAGGAGUCUUAUUGAGUCUGCCACCUCUCCUGAGCUGCAGGUUAUAGCAGUGGAAAGCAGAGCUCAGCUUGUGGGGGUUAAGAAAGAGCUCCUUUUUUUAAUGUAAGUCAGAGGGGCCCAGAGCCUGUUUUUACACAGAGACGUUGACCUGCACACGCACUCUAGUGGCCCGGGCACCGAGCACGUACACAGAUAGAGAGCACGUGGCAGUAAUAUCCACACUGUAAAGUCAUCUGGAAGAAGUUUUGGAUUUCUCAUUUCGGCAGCAUAGCGGUGGACUCUUACAUCUGCUGAAGGUUAAGAAAACAGAUUUUGAGGGUUUUCAAGUAACUUAAACCCUGUUUUUGACAAAAAAAACAGUACAAAGAUGAAAAAUCAGAUGUUUAAACUGAUCAAUUUGGUUGUCUCAUGAAAAUUAUAUACGCUGAUGAAGUCUGGACAGGGAUAACAAAACUCUGAAAUAGUCAUGUAAUGCUAAUAAUAAAGGCACUCAGUACUGGAUAGCCAUGACACUCUGUCCUCAGGUGGUGAAAAACGGACAGAAACAAACAGACAAACAAAACAGACUUGACUCUGUUGUGGAAAUCACGGCAUGGGCUUCAAAUUCUUCUCAAUCAAAGCUGAUAACUUGUUAAUAAAAGACAAAGUGAUGAAGCUGAAUGGUUAUCAUGCUCCUGUUACUACAGUUAUGAUGUUUGUUGCUGGCAUCAAUUUCAAAUCGGAUUUACAUUUUUUAUCAAGCAAUCAGGUUUUUCAGUUGCAACAUCUUGUAUGUUCUUUUUGCAUCAGUUUCAAUCCAAAAUAGUUUGAAUGAUUUGCAAUUUUACAGUCUUUGUUUUUUUUUAUUACUUCUCUUUUCUUAUCGUGUGUUGAACGCUUUCAAACUUCUUUAGUAAUUUCUCUCUCUUUAAUGAGUUUAACCACUGCUAACUCUGUAUAGCAAUGCUUCAACAAAUGCUCACUUCCACUGGCUGGACCAGUUGUGUUUGUUUGACUGUAAUCAUGUUAGUUUGGCUGGUACAACACUAAGUCUGUUUUACUAUGUAACACAGACUGUAAACAUCACAUUUAUAUUUGUGUACAUGAAGCACCUUUGAAACCACUUCCUUAUUGAAGAGCAGAGCAGUGGUGUGGACAGACGCUGAGGUUCAGGUGUGGUUUUAAUUGUUUGCUUGGCCCAAGAGUGUUUGUCUCUGUGUCACUGAGCCUCACACUGCUGUCCUGAAUGUUUUGUUACACUAUAUAUCGUGUCUCAUGGCUUUUUAACCAUAGCGACCAUCUUUGUAUCUUAUCGCUUGCUUGCUACAUGUUCAUGGACUCAAACUGACACACCCCAGACUUGCAGACCUUGAGGAGCAGCUUCACUCUCUUCAGCUCAUCAGGUCAAGUUCAGGCUGAGACUUUUGUGCCUUCACUAAGUGCUCAAGCCCCAAAACAGCAUUCACAACUCCGUCACUGGCUGCUGGGACUCCCUUUGUGUCUAGAUUCUGCACCCCCAACCCACAUGCACACACCCCAGACCUCCUCCUUUAGUUCCCAAAAUGCCCUUGGGACCUGGACAGAUUUGUAGUCCUAGUGUGUCUGAAGACAGGCCAUCCGUCAAAUGUGUGUGUGUGUGUGUGUGUGUGUGUGUUGAUAGUGGUGGUUGGGGGUGGUUAGUGGCCUGCUGUCUCAGUCAACAUCUAUUUACACACAGUCGUAAUAUGUCUGAGAUGCUAUGAAGUGAAUGAAUCAGCUGUGCUGUCUGCUGCUGCAUGUCUCAUGACUGCAGAUCUGUCCUCAUGGCCAGGACACAUUACGCUCCAUUAAGAAGCUGCACUGCACACAUGCAUUGGCACCCAACAACAACAUUAUAUUUUCUUCUUUUUUUGCCUGACAGUAAAUUUGCCAGCAUCAGACACAUGGAGUGUUCAUUAUCUUGCAAACUCGUCUCCUUGCAUGUCUUGUCUUUCUCCCCGCUGGAAACAAAGAAGCUUUGUACAAACAAAUGCAGCCGCACAUUAUAUGAAACAAAUAGAAUCUAAAAUGUUGUACCGCCCGCUGUUAGUCAGAUUUCGAGGUAAUCCGUUUGUUUAUGUGUGUAGGAACACCCAGACAGUGGAAUAAUGACAAGUCUCUUCAAGUGGUUUGCAGGGUUUUUCUUGGAUCUUGAAGAGGCUUACACAGUUAAGUUUCCAAAGCAGUGUUGGGGGCGGUCUGCAAGGUUGUACAAGAUCACUUCAGUGGGGGGCUUGAGUGCACAGGUACUCUUUGAAAGCUCUGCUGCAAGAAAAAAUACACAUGCUUAACCACUAAACACCUGAGUAAGAAAUAAGAACUGUGAGCAUGACCCUGUGGUAGGCUGUUUAAGUAAGAGGAGGGAUGGACAUGUUUCAGGUUACAGGAGUUAUAAAUGUAGAAUGUAACAGGUAUACUUAUAACUGUAAAGUUUCUAUUUAUUGAUGUUCUCUAAAAGCUAGUCUCUUACCUGGCUUUAAAAACAGCAAACAUGUUGAUGUGUAAUGUUUGAUGGUCCCUGAAAACAUCUCUUCAAAAGGAUUCAAGGUGACCAGACAGGAUUGUUUCCUCAUGUUCUGUAAGUCUACCGGUCCAUGUCAGGUUACAGUGUGUGACUGCAAACAUUUGUUUAAAAUGUUUGGCUUAAGAUGACAUUCAGAUCAUAUUCAACAUCCGCCCACAUAUGCAUGGUGUGUUAAUGGCACAGAGUCGGGCCAAGAGGUAGAUCUACUCUCUCACUCAUGAGAGAUGACGGGGAACUUUUUGCGCCAAAGUAAAAACUGAACUGUAACACCAAGUGAACCUGGUUAUCUGAGAGCGCCCUGUGUUUAAAACACUCAACAGCGUUCUCAUGUCUUAGCACAAGACCCUGACCAUGUGUGAAUAAGAGCUUUUCUCUUCUUGAUAAAUCAUUUUUAAUUCCUCAAUAUAACAGCGUUCUGUGUAGUGAUUGACAUGCAGUGUGUUGCCUGGCAUCACCACACCGCCUCUCACUGCAAGAAGAGAAAAAACACCUCAGUGUGAUCAGAAUUUGAGCUGAGACGUGUAGAAAUCAUGGAGUGUGUCUGAGGUUUUCAACAUUUAAAAACAUUUGUCUCCUUUGGAAGCUCAGUGGCUGAGUGACAGGUUAUAUUCAUAUGCACAGUGCACUUUAGGGGGUCAGCAUGGUCAGUGGUUUCAAGUGAACUCAAAGGAAACUUCUGUACAGAAAGAGACCGCUUUUUUAGAGAGAGAUAGCUUUCCCAUUGCUCUCUUCAAAGCCACCAGACUCUGACAGAGAACGGCUGUGGUUUUACCUUCAGACACCCAGGAGUAGCUGUUCUCUCAAGGCUUCAUGCAGCUGGAGCUCUGCAGCCUCUGUGUUUUGCGUGGCAAAAUGACUGUUCUUUUUCAUGAAGCCUUGUGGCUUUUGGAGCAGUGUGGUUAACAUCUGUGUCUGCUCAUAAACAGGAUCUUACCCAAAGAAAACAAACUAUCUCUGAGGCAGUUAAUUCAUCAAUGUUGUUCAAAUUAAAAGUGGCUUCUCGUGGAUGUACUGUGGAUCUGCAGACUUUUCACAAUAGCACUUGGUAAAUAUUAGGUCACACUUUACUGCAAAAGUGCAUCUUAACCUUACAGUCGGGACCACUUUUGUCAAAGGGGAGUAACUGAGUUGCUGCAAUCGUAGCAACAUGUCUUAGUUUAGUUCUAUUCUGAGGGCUCCCUGCCCUUCCACACGAGUACUUGAAAUGCCAAGGUAUGAGGCAGGGAGAGCAGCAGCAAGAACCCCUGGGCUGGGGUACAGAACAGCAUCAGUGACCACAGACAGGACAUAGGGUUGCAACAUUCCAGGAAUUUUCAAAGUUGGAAACUUUCCAUGGGAAUUAACAGGAAUUAUAGGGAAUGAAACAGAAAUUUACAAAAUUGAAGGCUGGCCCUCAACAGGGAACUUAAAUUUAGUUCAAUUCUGUAGCAUAAUCUUGACUAAAACAACCAGGUUUAAUACAAGUACACUUCUCAAUCACAUGCACACAGCACACUGCUUACUGCAGGUCUGUUGAGGCCACACCCCCUACAUGCACUGUGCAUUCCUCCAUCACAUGCACAAAUGAUUUCUUAAACCCAGGAGGCCACACUUUUGAGCCCAAAGCACAAGACAUUUGAGCCCACAGACUAUGUCAAGUCAAGUAUGUUCUUAUAAUAUUUUUGGGUAAAUAUAUUUGAUCUGUAGUAGUAUUAAUAUUUAACUUGCAAAAAUUAAAUAAAAUAGGUGCUAAAUGUAAGCUACUUUUUUCAUUUCAUUGACCAUUGACCACAGCUACCUCAAAUGUGAUACUGUUUCUUCUGACUCCUGCAAGAUGUUUUUUUGUAACCAUACAAUAAUUAUACAUCAAUUGUCUAAUAUUUUGAGUACCACUCCAGUAGUCAAAAAUAUUUACAUUUAUGUUUGGAUAUGAUACAGUUUGUUUAAAUUACCCAAAUUUCCAGUUAAUUCCCAUAAAAUCCCAUAAUUCUCAUGGAAAGUUUCCAAUUUGGAAUAUUUCCAAAAUUCCCCAGCUUAACUUCCUGUGGAAAGUUUCUGGAAAAUUACCAGAAAUUUACCGCCCCUUUGCAACCCUAACAGUACAGCAGUGAAAUCAGACAUGUCCUGUAAAGGAGGAGCUUGGGUGGAGGAAGCUUGAAGAAAAGAUGAGAGAAGGUGAUUGGCUGGGUUGUUAGCUGAUGUGGGCUGGCAUCAGGAUCAGCAGAUGUACUGUGGGCUGAACUAACUUGAUACUAAAUAUUUUCAUAUUUUUGCACAGCAGGACUAAUUCAAUCACUACAUCAGUUUGUACCACCUCAGUGUCACUGUCUUCUCUGUACCUUCUUGUCACCCCUCUACUAUACCGCCAAAGGGGGUUAAAUCCACAUCCUGUGCCAGCUGAGCUGCUAGCUGCCCCCUAACAAGACCUUGCCCUGGAUCUGACCUUAUCACAGGAAAUUACUCUGGAUUACACCUGAGGCAGAGAGAGGGAGGAGAAGAUAGAGGGGCAGAUAUGAAAGAGAGGAGAAGUGGUCUUUGUGUUCUCAGUGAAAACAACACAACCACUCAAGGAUUGACUUUGUAGUCUCUCUCUCUCUCUCUCUCUCUCUCUCUCUCUCUCUCUCUCUCUCUCUCUCUCUCUCACACACACACACACACACACACACACACACACACACACACACACACACACACACACACACACCAGCAGCAGUGUUGACUGUGGCUUUCCAUGAACACAAACCAGUGUGAGAAUUAACUAUCCAUGAUGACAGUUAAUAUAUAUCCAUGGGAAAGACAGCACUGUGUUCACAGAUUAUUACCCACAUUCUGUUGUGGUGUCUGUGGGGUAUUGUAUGAGUUUGUUUUUCUUCUCUCCUUUCCACUUUAACCUGGUUUAACCUCCCAGCCUCAAGUCAAGUGGUAAAGGAUGUGUGUAGGAGUCAGAGAGAGGCCUCUGGUCACCAAGAUCCUUCUACCCAUCCUCCCCUCCUCUCCUCUCCUCCUCCCUCCCAGCUCCCUGCUCCUCUGCAGAGAUUUAGACAGCUGUCUGAUAUUUGGUCCCUCUCCCUCCAAUCCAGACACACCAGUCAGACAGUUGUGUCUGAUACCUACCUCCCCCACUUCUCUGCCUCCACCUCCUUCUCCCCCUCCUCUGCCUCUUCCCCCCCGGCAGCCACCAGCUGACCCCAAUCAGGCAUAGGGCCUGCUCUAUUGUCUGGCUGGGCAGAGGGGACACACACACACACACACACACACACACACACACAUACACACACACACACACACAAACACACACAGACUCAGACAGGGGGUCAGAGGAAGAUAGUGGCUGUCUGGUCUGGCCUGCCUCUUUGACUGCCAACCCCCAACCAUAACACAGCUCCUUUCCUUUCCUCCCCUCCUUUCCUCUGUCCUUCUCUCCUGCAUUUAUUCCUGAUCACAGAUGUAUAUGAUGCUUGUUAUGCAAAGUAGCUUGGCGUGUCCUUGUCUUGCAUAUGAUUAAAUGUCUGAUUGUAUUGAAGUUGUUGUUUGUGCGCAGAAAUAAGGCUAAACUCAUGCGCCACACUCGAUGAUUUGAUCGGUGGAAUUGGUCAGGUAUUUAAAAUGCAUGUUGUAGGCAUAUCAGGGUGAUCAGAUAGCCUAAUAUCAGUGAAAUGAAAACAAGAUCUUCUCUCCUACAACUGCUGCCAGCAUGUGCACCCACAGGACAGAGUGAAGCAGAGUAAAACAUAUUCCUGCAGACCCAGCUAGUGGCAUCAUAUCUUUAGCGACGUGAUAAGCUCCCGGAUCUCAAAAAGUCUUUUCACUGAAGUCCUUUGUUCUUAUGCGGGAUACUAUAGGGAAUGCAAUCCAACACUGUUCUCCCACUCAGCUGCAGGCUUUUGUUUUCGAUGCUUGAGUAACUUUGUGCAGCUUCAGUCGCCACAGACUUGAGGAAAACUUUACAGCAGACAGGGGGUUGGUCAAGGUCAGGCACUGAACCGACUUCCAGACAUCUCAGAAAACCUCUUAGGGCACAAAUGAACUCCUCAAUUUUUAUUAUUACAAGUGCAGAUUUCACCUACAUCUGAAGAGAUGUGCUACAACAGCACCAGUUAAAAAGGCCAUGGAAGCUGCUGCAUACUAGAUCACUGAAGUCAAGUAAAGAAGGCCACUAAUGUUGAGGGGAUGUGGAUGUACACUCUGGUCUGAGGAAAAAAAAAAAAAAAAUCACUAGAAUUUGGAGUGACACGUCAUUUGAUGUGGACAGAGAUCAGUCUUCUCAUGCAUGCACUGCAGUUGGACCCAAAGUGGCCCAAGCAGUCUGAGGAUUCUCCAAACAUGGGCUUUGACCUGAGAGUCAAACAGCAUAAAUGUGAUGAGGGAAGAGGGAAGCUGGGGAGUAAACAAACUCUUGAGUAGAUAAAUCAGUCCGAGAGAGACAGAGACAGAGCGAGAUAGAGCAUACUUCUCAUUAGUUCAAAAGAAAAUCAGGGAUACAGUUCUUGCAGACGAUAGAAAGCAGUCAAGUUGUUCACUGUGUCACGGACAGAAAGACAGAUGCACCUGCUAACUUGUAUUAUUGGAUGGUUUUGCUCAGAUUUAGAGGUUCAGUAAAAAACUGAACGUUGGCCUAUCACCACCUAGCAUUGCAGAAGCAAACUACCAGUGAAGCCUGCUCAGUCAUUGCUAGACCAACGACAGUCUUCCAGGGAAGUUACUUAAUGGAGCUUUAACUUCAACUUGGCUAUGCCUGUAAAUGACAAACUACGGCAUUUAAAGUUUAGUGUUAUUUUUAAAGCUAGUGCCCUCAAAGAUGAUAUAAGUAUGUUGGGACACCAUGACAGUCAUUUCUGUUUAAUCUGUUCCACUUUUUGAAAGAGAGGUACUUCAGAUUUGUUUCAAAUUCAUGUGAAGUUAAAAUGGUCUGUCUCUGAUCUUUACGCUGGGCAUCCUGCUGGAGGCUAACGUGGCUCCCAGCUAGUGUUGCUAAUGUUGAUUAGGUCUCCAGCUCUGUGCAGCAUGGAGCUUCUAUGUGUGAAUUAUUAAUAUAGGUCAUAGUCACAGCAUCCGGCUUGGCCCAGCCCAGCGCUGUCCCAGCACUAUCGCAACACACGACCCCUUCUAACCCCUGCUUACCCACAGUCUGCCCCAUCUGUCUGCCAGAUUAAUCCAGCGGAUCACCUACAACCCGUCUCCAUCAGGUUAGACUUAAUACCAAGAACCCCACAUUGAGUUUGUACAUCUGAACCUUUCUGUGAAGGAUGCCUGGAGUGCAGAGAUGUAUCUAUAAAUCCUGAAAAAUUACAACCUCUAAUUUCUUCAAUUGUCAAAAAUUCUGUGCCUUCGGGAUUGUAAUAAUGGUUCUUUCCAUAAACACUUAGUCCCCCACCAGUUAUGCAGCACCCUGCACCACUCAUUUACAGCAAUUAUGUUUUCAUGAGACAGGAAUCUUAAUGGGAAGAGUUUAUGGCUCCUCGUAAGAAACCUGCUUUCCAUGAUGAAUUGUAUCUGUGUAUGUGUGUGAGUAGGCGGGUGGAACUCCCAUUUCAAAAGCCAAAUUGCCUUCCCUCUGUUCGGAUGAGACUGUUGCAGCACUCAGUGUCUGCUGGUCUCGCUGGAUGUCUCGGAGCUCAAACACAGUGUGUUUUAGCCGUACACACAGACAGUUGUGCCCUCUCUGCUCUUCUUUUUUAAAUGGAGGCAAGCUCAAACACACACACAUACACACACGCACAUAAUCCUACUGCAGUGUGCCGUGUUGAACAGCAGUGAAUCGGCCUUCUUACAUUAUCCUAUGAGUCUGCUUUAAAAAUCCUGAUUUUUUUGUGCUGUGUAAACAGCAGAUAGUAAAAACACCUCACUCAACAAGACAGUCGAUGAAUCGGUUGGAGUGGGAACUCACCCUGAUCUUGAUCUGACUUCUGCACCUUCAAAAAAGAAAGCACCAACUAUCAUCAGCACAAGAAGUACUGGGAAGGUUAGCAAAAAUGUACAAAAGUGUUUCUGUGGGCGGGUGUUGCUAAGUUGUUGAUAUCUCUGGUUACACUCGGUCUUUGUGUCACAAAAAAAAGACUUUUACCUCAACGAGUCAGGAGCUUCUUCUUUCUAUUCCGCAAUAUUCGCCGUGAGCUGAACUCCCCAAGUGGUGCCUGUACAAAGAGACAGAGAGAGUAGAGAUGGAAGGAAGAGGGUGGUGUGGGUGGGAAAAAGGAGUCCGACAGAGCAUCAUAAAGGAUAAGACAAAAGGGAAGAAGAAAAGAAUCAGAGAAGGAAAAAAGCAGAGGAGAAGGAAGGCAAUGUGCUGUUGCAGUUCUUCACUCCAAAAAGUAAAUUUCCUUGAAGAUCAUGUAACUCACAGGACAAACCUCAUUUAGUUUUAUCUUGAAAGAUAUGAGACAGUAGGUCCUUCAGCAACACUGAUUGAUUGAUCUUAUUCCCUAAAACACCUCAACAGGAAUAUGACGGGCUUAUGGUCAGGGGUGUAUCCGAAGGACUGUGCCACCAGCAGCUAGUUGAAACCAAACAGCAACCUGGAGUCUCAGGAAAUGAAGUCACUCUGUUAUGAUGUUUACAUGCAGAGUUCAGUCAGGCUGCAGUUAAAGCUCGAUUGGAGGGAUUUCGCUGGACUACUUUCCUCGUCCCAGUUUACAAGCACUGGACAAGAAUCAAAUUUUGGACAGCAGCAUGUCCAUCUUGGCUACAGUAGGUGCCGACAUGCCCCCUUUAGACAAACAACCAUCAGCAUGGGUUUGCAAGAACAUUGUCACUUUUACAGCUCUGUGCCUUUUGUUUGUUCUGUUUCUCUUUUUAAUUUUCAUCUAUGAAGGUUUUUUUUUUAGUACUGCAGUAAAGUGACUCCUAACUACAGCAGGUACAAAGUGCAGGAGGAGGUCAGGUAACAUGUUAUAUAGGGCUGCAGCUAUCGAAUAUGUUAGUAAUCUAGAAUUCUACCCAAUAUUCCAUCGAUUAAUCGGGUAAAACAUAAUAUAUUUUAAGUUAAAGUGCAAUUAUCCCAGAACAUUUGUGGAACAAGCGUGUGCGUUAGAGGAUUGCAAUGCUCGUAAGAAAGCUAAUUAUGAUAUUAACUUUUAUCGUGUCCCAAAAGUCAUUAGUGUCCAGGAUGAAUAGCUCCUAUGUUACCUGUUACUUCUACUACACCGGCAAUGUUAGGCUCAUGUUAGCUACUGAAGAAAAGCUCCUCUCAUCAUUAAUUUUCUGCUCCGUGAAACCAAAACCACGCUUUUACCUCCCUUCUACCGCGGUGAUGUAAGCACAUUGUGUCACUUUAAAAAUAAUUAGUGUAAAACCGUGACGAUUUGCGUUCAUAAACCAGUACUAAAGGCAGAGAAAAUUCCUUGAUCAUUUUUUUGUAAUAGAGGUACUAGCAGAAUUGUUUCAGCCCUAAUUUCAUAUAUUCAGAGACAGUCUGCUUCAGGAGGCUGUAAGGGUGGAUAGGAGGGUCAGUCAAACACAGGGACAUUGAACCAGGAAAAACAGAGGUUGGUACGAUUCAAAAGGUUAACUGUGACGGUUUCAUCACUUGAGCUCCUCACUGUAAAUGUGUUGCUUAUAGUGGGUGAUUAUUCACUUUCUGGUCUUCUGCAAGGUGCAGUUGGCUCUGCCUGAAGUUUUGUAAUGAUGGUGAUAAUGUCAGAUAAUGGCCUGUUUAAUGGUCUGAUAAUAUCCUAAGUGGGUGCUUUCACUUCGGCUGGAUCAAUCUAUUCUCUCAUCAGCAGAACCACAUAUACUAUACAUCUACACCACCAAAAUGGAGGAACACCAUCAGAUUGAAAACUCAGGUCACAGAGAGGAAAACAAGAGUUCAGUCCAGUUUCACACAGCAACUAAAAAUCAUACUGAACUCAAGCUCAAGUUAUUGAUCCGUGAGCACUGUUGCUCAGUGAAAGGGGGCAGCAGCAGUCCUUUUGAAGGUUUUAUGUCUGUGACGUUAUACACUUGGAUGUUGGGCAUCAGUUCUGUGUCUGAAUACAUUUGAACAGGAACAAAAUGAUCUAGUGUUAAUGGUGGAGAUAAUCAACAGGUAACUUUUCCCUAAUUAUUGUGGAACUAGCUGCUGCUUGGGUUGUUCCAGAGGGCAGCUGUGGCUCAUUUGCAAAGUCAAAUGUUUCUCAGCGGUUUCGGGGUUUGGGGUGCUGGACUGUCCACGUAACCCAAAACUGCCCCUGAUGGCUGCACCUGCAUUAAUAAAUGAAACACUCACACUGAUGAUCGUGAAACCUCUUUGAAAAAUCUAUCAAGCUGAGAAAGUUCUUUAAAUUAAAGGUGAGCCAUGUAGCUGCGACCAAGAUGUGGGAAGAUGAGGGAAAACAUGAAGGGUAUUUUUACAAGUGACAGAGAGAUCAAGGAAUGACUAUAUGAUGUGUGCAUGCACCAGAACAACGCCCUGAAAGUUUAGACCCCUAAGUUUAGAAAACUCAGCAGACAGGCUUUUACUUCAUUCGUGUGGCACAGCAGGACACAGGAACAUAGACAGUAGAUUUACAUGUGGGAUAAUGUGGUUCAUGAAUAUAGACAAGUCAGCACUCUGUUGGUCCGUUGAACCACACACCCUGAUGUUUGAGUUCUGAGACUGUAGCGUGAGACGGCAGUCAAAAGUUUGAUAUGAGCUUGGAUGGAGUUUAUGGUAAAGCUUCUCUAAACGGAUCUUUUAGUCAUUUAAACCUAUGAACUAAAGGUCAGUCUUCACUCAACAUGAUUAGCUGCUCACUUGUUGAUUUCGACUUUGUCCUUUGUUUAUAUAAGUAAUCCGUGUAUUUAGCCCAACCAGGAACUGGAUCCAAAAUGGAAUCAGGAACCAGCAGGUCCCUGAACUAAACCCUUACUUAAAGAUCUCUGUCACUGUGAAUUAAAGUCAAAUCGAGUUUACAUGGGGCUCAAAGCUGCUGCCAGAUUUUCAGAGAGUCAGUACUAAUAUCUUAGCAUUUCAUCCACUGGGCAGUAACUGUAGUUUACGGCAAGCUAACUAGCUUUAGAGCCUUGACCUCCCUGGUUGAAUGCCUGCUGAGCGCAGCAGACUGUUACUGUUUUACAGCAGCGUCUGGGUUGGUCUGUAGCCCAAAGGACUGGAGUUUUACUUCUUUUUGGUGAGACACAAGCUGCUCUCCACAUUUAACUAUCCUUCCCUCUGUUUGAACCCCUUCAGUCCUCCGUCUACCCCCGCCGCCCGGGGUCUAUUUAUACCUCUGUCCCUCCCUCAGCAAGCCUAAAACAUCCUGGCCAUCUCCUAAACACCAGCACCACUUUAACAGAGAAUCCCUGCUCCCCCUGCACCUCGCCUGCCUGCUUCUUCUUCUUCUUCUUCUGCAGCUUCUUUUUCUUUUUUUCAGCCUCCUCUGUGUCGGCAGCUGUUGCUCAGCACCGCACCGAAGUUCAGCCUGCGGUCAUGGCCAAGAAUUCAGCAGAAAAAAAGUUUUUGAUGGGACUUUUUUUUCUUUCCCUGGCACAUACUGCCCUUUAUCUUGGAUUUUCUCCUCAUUUGGAGAAAACUAGUUUACCCCCUUUUACAGUGACAUGACUCUCCUCUCUGUCGCUCACUAUUCUGAUUUCCUGUCUCACUUUAACUGUUUUUAUCUUUCUUUCUGGUCGCUCUUUCUGGUCUCUCUUUCUCUUUCCUCCUCUUUUCUGUUUCUGUCUCUUGCUUCUGUUUAAUCCUGCCUGCAAGGCAUUGCUACAUGGUUGUUAAGCAUCUCAGCCCAAAGGGGGAAAAGAGCGAGGAAGGGGAGGAGGAAGGAGGCGCUAGUCAUCUGGUGAAGCCUAUUGAGCAACUUAAGCGUGGUUGUUUUGCUCUGUUGGCUUGGCACAAUGAGACCGCAUGUGGAAGACAUGUUUACACCCCUUCAUCUGAGCGUCGGAGGGAGUGGGAGAGAAGGAAAAAGUGGGAGGGAAGGUGGGAGACAGAAGGGAGGUGGGAUAAGAGAGGAAAUGAUGACAAAAGUGCAUACAGUGAAGUGAAAGAGAAGAGGAGGGAUAGAGAGGAGGCUGAAAUAAGAGGAGAGCAAUAAAUUCUGAGAGAAAAAGGAUGGAAGGAUUAAAAAUUACCAGUGAAUAAGUAGAGAGGGUGGAAGAGAUUGAGAGGAGUGUGACAAAAAGAGUGGGAGAGAGAGACACAAAUGAAACCGACUAAAAUAGAGGGACAGUCCAUCUCUGUGGAGAGACAGUGAGUCAUAGCAGAGAAAAAAAAUGCCACACAAGCAUAUGCUGCUGUGGAGGAGCCAUCUUUUUCCAAGAUGGAAACCAGUUAUGAUUUGUGGUCAGAGAUUUAAAAAAAAAAAAGCAGAGCAGAUAAAACCGAAUUAUUACAAACAGACGGGGUGUAAUUACACACCGAGGAGGAGGAGGAGGAGGAGAAGGAGGCUGUUUGUCAUGGAGCGCUCUCUUUGCUCAUUCCUUCAUAAUGCAGAUUAUACUUGGGAAAACUAGUCCUAUUGGAGGAACUGGGAAGUUGGGUACAGGGACAUCCUUUGUAAUUCUUUAGUCUGGAAGCUUCAGUCACAGGUUACCUGGAAUCAUUAGAUCUUGCUAAUAUACAAUUCCAGGGUGGGAUUAGACUGAGAAAUGAGAAAAAAGUCCUCAAUAAGGACUAUUACCAAGUCCUACAGUCAUUACCUGUGUUUGAACUCUAGGGCCUGGACCCUGUUUCAAAGUAUGUGCUUGUAUUCUGUUUGAAUUAGCGACUUAAACACUGAGUUUCUAAGGGUCUGGGGGUUGAGUGGUCAGUUUUUCAGAAGAGAUAUUCCAACUGUGGACUCAAGUUUGAUACCACUCAGUCAAGAUUACAACCGUUGCAUCACACCAGAUGUUCCCGUUUAAAGGGUGACCCUGUUAGCUGGUGUCUUUUAGCUAUGAGUGUCAAUGGUUGUCAUGGUUACAAGAGGUGUUGAAACACAGAAAGAUUCCAUGCAAAUACAUCCCAGUUCAUCAUUUCACUGUGAUGUCUUACUAUAAGUCUUGACAGAUAUUGAUUUAAUAAAAACUUGAAUGCUUUCAACUGGAAGUCCUCAACUAACAUGGUCACCAUCCACACCAAAACACCAGCAGGGGCAGUAUGCUGUUAGGACCUGCUUUUCUGGCAAGUUGUUCUAUGACCCAGAUCUUAUUGGUACUCGUGCUUUCGUUUGUGGCCCAGGAGAGUCUUAUAUCCCUGCCUACAAGACCAAAGCUAACAGGUCUCAUAAUCCCCAAGUGACUUGCAUGCUUAAUUUCUCGUUUGUGUGCACACUGGGUUAUUUUCCACCAGAUUAUUUGACCACUUGCUAUUGUUUUCUGUUCAUCCCCCUGAUUUAGAAGUAGUUCACCCUUUGCUGAAAUCAUUUUUUGUUGUUGUUGUUGUUACUUCUGUAAUUUAGCAUUAAUGUUAAACUGCAUGGACUUGCUCUCAUGUCUGGCUGUGUUUACCCCAGCUGCUUUGGGUAGAGAGGAAUAUAGCAGCCCUGCAGCAGCAGUAGCAGGAGGUGAUGCAGUGUUGUUUUAAGUUUGAUCAGUCAAAGGUUCUGCAUUUCAACUUGAUGCUCAGUGUUCAUGUGUUUGGUCAUGGAGACCGUGUUCCCUCAUGCUAAAACUUACUUGUUAGCAUAAAUUGCAUUUGUCUCUGGCUUUGGCUAAAUGGAGCCACACUUUGGACCUCCUCACAUGUCCAGACUAGAUAGGUUCAAAGGUUAUUGGUUUCCAGGUUUUGUUGUCUGAUCCAUGUCCAGGCAGAACUCUCUAUUAACAUACAGCUCUGAAUGCACUCAAUAUACUGAAGAUGGGUGAAAACACCAUAACCAGUCAGAGCUCAGUGUGUCUGUGUAACCUCAGCAGACCCAGCAGCUCCACUUUGGAUGUGUCACAUGUCUCCCAGAGCUUCCUGUCUUCCACCCACAGAACCCCCUGCUGUCCCUGUUUAGUUGAUCACAACUGCCACCGAGAGUUUGCAGCACAUAUGCAGCCUGCAUCCCACGUCUGAGGGGUGUCUGCUACACCUACUGAUGUUGAGAACCUACUUUAGAGUUUGGUGGUUGAAAUCCCCUCUCCUGUGGGGGUGAGACAGGGGGUUAGGAUAGGAUGAGGGGGCUGGUUUAUCAAAUGAAAAUGUGCCAGGAAGCAUGCAGAGAGGCAGGCAGACAGACAGACAGACAGACAGACAGACAGUCAGACCCCCUUGUUUCUUUUCCUCCUCCUCCCCUCUCUCAUCUGCUCUGUUUUGUUCUCUUUUCCACCGCUCUGCUGUUUUGUUGUUCAGUCUCAGAGAUGAGACACGCUUUGUUGUUUGUCUGCCUUUAACAUCUGUCUGCCUUAACCACAUUCUCCCUACACCUUUAUCUCUUCUUCUGCUGACUGUCUUCCCCUCGUCUGUCCUUCUCCCUGCUCUUAUCUUUGUUCCUCUAUCCCCUCCAUGUCCAAACCUGGGUUUUAUUAUCCCCCCUCUCUCCUGCUUUCUCUUGGUCCCUCUGUGUCGCUCUGGCAGCUAUGUCUACUUAUUUCUUUCUUCUCCAUUUUUCCUUCUUGUUCUCUUCUGCCAGACCUCAGCAUGAUUGUACCUUUUCGCCCUUAGCAGUAGCCGACCUGUGAAGUUGACCUGCAGAAAAAUGAACACGGCAGAAUAAUUUUCAUAACCCCCCUGCUAAGCUGACAAAGAUCAAUGUGUCUGGAUGGCUGGCUGAGUUGUCUCUGGCUGAUUGGAGUCAGCAGAGUCAGAUGUUGUGUGUGCAUUUGCAGACUCCAUUAAUGACGGCCUUUUUAUACUUCUGUGGGUUUUGUUUUCUGGCUGUUUAGUCUUAAAACCUGCAGAGUUAUUAAGGAGCACCUAGUAGGUUAUCAAGUGCUGACUUCAUCAAAUCUUUGAUUGGUGCUAUUUCAUUAGUCUCCCCUGAAACCUCUCAAUCCAGCAACAAAGACUUAAGGGCUUCUGUCUAAAAGAUGCAUGAUCUAAAUUGUCAGAACUUCAGAGCUGUUUUUUGAGAUGUAAACAGUUGAGCAGAGCAGGAGAGAGGGCAGGGCAGGCUGGAAACAUCCCCCUAAAGUGAGCCUCUCAGCCUCGCUGUUUUUAGCACAGGUAUAAUUAGAAAUUGCAAUACCACAAAGCCAUUGAUUUUGUAUUUUACAGCAUUGAAGAUUACCAAUGUUAGGGAGAGUUAACAGAUCUGCACUUGAGUUUUUAACCAUGAGGAAAUGACAGAGAUCACAAGCAGCUGUGAUCUAGCAACACAGAGAUGAAGAAGUAAACAGAGCAGCGAAACUGAGACACAGGGAGUUAUCACAUGAUAGUUUCAUAGCCAUCAUGCUUUUAAGAUGUCAAAACCACAUCCACAUCUAUUCACAAACAUGGAUGAAGGUGUUGGAUUGUGUUUGUUUGCGGAUGACAUUGUGUUUUUUCUGUCUGCUGCUCUCUCCUCUAACAGCCUCUGCACUGUCAACUCUCCUCAUUUAUCGUUUGGCAAAUACUGAAGUCUGUUACUUUUACCAUCUAAUAAUGACACACUGGAGCCUGGCAAGUGAUAGAAUCAGCCAGAGAAUAAGAGAAUAUAGAUAGACAAACUUCCUCAUUUGUUGUUGCUUUACCUUGCAUAACUAUCAGCAGGAUGAUAAAUGUCAGCCUGUGGUCAGUGACUGUGUCCGGGCCGGCAGUGAAAGAAGGUCAGAAAAUUAACAAAAUCAACAAUAUUAGUGUCAAAACUGAUACCAUUUUUUACAAGUGGUAAAUUCAAAUUGAAGAUUCAGGUUUUUGAUGACCCUUUUUGCACUUUUUCGUACAGAUGUGCCGAUAAGAUGAAUCUAUAUGGGAUGGUAAAAGUUUUUCUUCUGUCUAAACAUCUGUCUUGGAUGCAGCAGGGUAGGAGUUGUGGUGAACUUGAACCAAAUAGAAGACUAGGCGAUGAUUAGAUGAUAUAAAUGUAGAUGAUACGAUUGAUCGCUGCUUUGGUCGAGUGGCUGCACCGCUAGUUGUGGCUAAACUGCUAAUGCUACUUGUUCCGUCAGCAGUGGCAGGCUGUACAGACUCUGCUUGCAUUUUCAUGCUCGCAGCAUAUUCACUUGGGAAGUACUUCUUCAAAUGAUUAAACAGAUCUGUUGUGUUGCCGGUUUGUGGGGGCACCAACAACCGACAUACCUUGCACAUUGGCGUAAUUGCUCGACAUCACUUUGGAGAUACCUGAACCACCACACAACCGAUGUUGAAUAAUUUUUCUUGUCAACAAUAACAACUUCGGAGGAUGACUCAAAGUCAUGGCUCACAUCUAUUUUGCUGCCCUCAGCUCUGCAUUUAGCUCCACGUUCGCUCAUUCUGUUUACUUCUCCAGCAACUUACAGAAGUGAGCAGGAAAAGCUCGAUUCUGAUUGGCUGUUGUCACGCACAUUUCCGCUAUGUUUGAUUGAGUCAAUAUGCUCACAGCUGAUCACCGUGAUCGAACUGAAAUUUAUCACCAUCUUUAAUCACGAUCAUGUAAUUGCCCAGUCCUACAUGAAAUUCUCCUUGUACCUUUGUGACAUGAACUCUCAACACUUCAGACUAACCUGAUCCAAUUUGCAGUUACAUUCAGCUCUGAACACAGAGUGAAAAAACAUACAGUCAUAGUUUUUAUACGUUUUAUUAGACAACAUUAAAGGCUAGAUUGUCAUCUUCAUUUUGUUAAUUAUAUUUCACUGGACAUACAUCCCACUGCAACAGUUGGUAUAAAUGGAGAAUAUUGUGUUAAUAUCUGCCACACACACGUGUCCGCCUGUUGGUCUUUGUUUGUCAGUCUGCCCUCAGGGUUGUGUGUCUGCCUGUGUGUGUCCUGCUGCCUCCUUUUAACGCUGUCACAACAGCCCACCGCUGCGUGUCUUUCUCCUCAGACCAUUUGUGAUGAAAGCGACGAUGACUCUGUGUCUGUUUGCGAUGAGGCUAACAAAGCUCGUCGUUGUCAGUCACUGUCAAAGCAGAGCUUCCAGGUUGAAUCACAUCAGCACACACCCCUCAUAACCUCCUAAUCUGCUUCAGGUUUUUACGGUCUGUCAGAUACAACACUGUCUGGUGCCCCCCCGUCGACCCCACACCCUCCCUCCCUGCAGUCUGUCAUCACAGCGUUUUAUAUCAUUUAUUGCCUUAAUCCUUUUCCUUAAUGUAAUUCUGCUGGAGCUCCUGUUGCUGUUGAUUCAGACUGGCAGCCUUCACUUCUAUUUUUCAGGCACUUGUGAGAAGCACACUCAGAAACAGAAGAACAGACUUUCUAUUGUACAUUAGGAUAGUUGCUGUAAUUAUCCUCAUCAUCAACAACGAGACAAGCAAAGCUCUUAAGUGGACAGCUACUACUCCUUUUUCUCUUUCGGCAGGUCCCUCUGCUAAAGUGCUAAAGGAUUCUUCAUUUUCUUCAAGUACAACGGCCUCUUUAAAAAUCUGCCAGACACAAACAGUCGCACAAAACCUGCGCUGAAACGGUCCACCAAAUGUUCAUGGAUUAGAGGAGUCCAAAAGUUAAUCAGUGAGAAGGUGCAGCUGCAGCUUGUCUGCUGUCUGUUAGCCAGAGCUACAGGUGGUUCAGUCCUUUUCAGGUUAAAGGUAAGACACGCAUGGGAUGUAGUUUUUUAAUUACCCAGUAUGAGGACAAACAGUCCAGACAGACACAAUGAAAGCUAAUCAGGGAUGUUCUGAUCAGCAUCUUGGCCCCUGAUCCCCAUCCAGUAUGAAAACAUACUGAUAUAAGCACGAGAAAGCAAACCACCGGACGUUGAUUGACGCGAACGUUCAAAAUGGUAAAAACAAGGGAGAUGUUCUGAGACAGGCUGUCACCUUUGAAUUUGGGGUGCUCUGAAAACCCCCCCAUUAGCACUUGGUACAUUCCUCCUGAUGAAAUUAACCAUAGACUGUAAAUUGAUGAAGAAAAAAAUUGAGUCAACCACUCAGAGUUUUGGUCAUCGACCAAUAAGUUGACCAGUCCACUAGGACUUUACAGCCCUAAUUUAAAAAAAAUUAUAACUCAAGUAUGCUGUCCACAUGUUUCCAUCUAUUUCCAUUGAACUCAGUCUAGAGUGCAUUGUUGUAAAACUAGCAAAUAAACAGUUUUAUUUGUCCGGCUGAGCAGCAGUGACAUUCUUGUGUGUAUUACUGCAUCACUUUGAAGUGGAGGAAUCAAUUAGUGUGCAGAGAGGCUCAGCAAUGACAUGGGACAACCCGAGCUCUGACUGUCUGCUGUAAAACUAAUAUAGGUCACAUUCACUCCAGCUGUUGCAAACUCUGAUGCAUUUCUCAGUCAUGUCUGAAAUGUAGUCAAAACAGCAGGACACAGCGGAGACUCAGAACCUGCAUCCUUAACCUCAGAGGGUCUCCUUGAGGGUGGAGUUUGUUGCUUUGGCGCAGCUGCCGUCUCUCCUGAUGAUUUUGCGUUCACUUUUUAGAUGUUUCAUCACAUCCAUAGUGUUGGAUAUUUUAGCUGUCCAGUUACUAAAAUGCUUAUGUAAUAGACUGACCUGUAUUUGUUCUAUAGUUGUGUUUUUUUAACCUGUAAGUUUGGGCUCUGCUGCAAACUGUGCUGAAAGUGGUGAGUCCUGAUCCAUAAAAAAAUGCCCCCAUCAGCUCUUUUCUGAAAGUUGAGAUAAAGACUUGGAAAUGUAGUUUUUGGGUUAGCUGCAGAUGAGCUGCUGCAGACUAAGAAGUGGAGGGGUUCAGUGACACUACAUGCUGAAUCAAACGCAUAAAUCUGGACUCCUCUCCUUUAUAGCUGUCCCCACAGAGUCUGAACUGAAGCAUUCUCACUUUUUUCAUUAGCACCAUAAUCAUGAUGCAUACAUUUAUUAAAUGUAUGGAGCUCAUCACAGUGGUGUUAUUUCUCUGUAAUGUGACACACAAACAUUCACAUGCACAGACACACACUCAGACGACCGUGGUCUAACCCUGUUAAUGUUUCCCCCACACCCAUUCACACACUGGCCAGCCAGCGCUGACACGCGCAGACAUGCAGACACUUUAACCCUGACAUUAGUCUGACCCCUCAGUCUGGCUUCAUGGGAAGGGGGGAGGGGGGUCUAGACACUGCUUGUCUGGGUCCGAUAAUGUACACACACCUGAGCGGCUGUGGGGGAGUGUGUGUGUGUGUGUGUAGUGACAUGUUGAGCAAGUGUGCAUCAGCCACCUCCCUAACUGAAUGAAUAGUUUAACACCGCUCCCCUCUCUGCUUAACUGCUGUUCAUGAAUAUUACAGCAUUAGAAUAUUGAUAAUAUUAGAUUUUAUUGUAAUAUUCAUGAAAUGUUAUCACAGAGCCCGGCGUUUUUCCUGUCUUUGGUCAUGUUAUAUUCAUGCAGAUGGAGAUGAUAUAGCUACAGAAGUCCUUUUCAGGAGUCUAAGAGGGGAUUUAUUGCCUGCUCAGCAUCUGAUCUCAUCGUGGUAGCCCACCUCAGCAAUCAUUAAACUCAUCUUUGUGUGGAGAAAAUUGUUAAAAAAAAGCAGAUGUGGCUCAAAUGCAUCUACUGUCGAGUCAGGGGAUAUGUGAAAUGCAUGUGAUAGACACAACAAGAGUGUGAUGACUCGUCUGAUUCGAUGAAAUAUGUCAGCGGCAAGCGUGACUGUCACUGAGCCCUGCGGCUGCAACGAAUCACUAAACUCAAGGUUCAGAUCUCAUCUGGGUUUGGAGUCACGGAUCAGUUACUUUUGCAUAUCAGCAAAAAAGUGGCAAAUAAAACCUUCCAUGGUACAACAGAGCGUCACAAUAGAGGCAGCUACAAUUGAUGUAUGGCUCCGCCGUGACACCAAGCCUGUGCACUGCAACAGCUUUCCAGUCUUAUAGUGUUUAACAGGAAGCAAAGUGCAACUGUAAUGUUGAGGAGGGUUUAUAAUCAGCUUUGUUAUCUUAUCCUGGAGGUCCACGUGCUGUUUGACAGUCGUUCUAACAUGCAUAUCUAACACCAGAUCUGUAGCUGAAUCUCACCGAUCACUGCGAAAUGCAGUACACAAAUAAAAACAGGCGAAAAGACAGUGAAAGCAGAGACUGAUAGAUGUCUUUCAUAAAAGGUUCACAAUGACACUUAGAUGACAGUGUAAUGAUGCUAUCAUGGCUUUUGAUAAUGCUGUUAACUUAACAGACAACUGCAGUGCUGUUGCUGUUGUCUGCCGAGAGAUUACACUCCAAUGGUGAUGAAGCACAAUCCUGUUUUCAGUUGUAUUCAUACUGUUUCAUAAUUCUGAUGUGCCACUUAGGUAGACUUCACCCAGUCCAAAAGCAAUAAAACUGAGUUCACAUUUUAGUGGUCAAUUUUUUCCAUCAGGACACACAUGUUUGAUAAAAGCUCACAGUGCAGUCCCACUCGCCAAACAAAAAAGAUAAAACUGUCUUCUAACUAAACUUUUACACACCAGCACUAAGGUCAGUGCCACAAAACUUGAUACCGGAGUUAAAGUACCAGUCAGACUCAGUCCUGAAAAGAUUUGACAAUGUCUACACGGUCUAUAUACUGUAGUUGGAUUUCUUAUAUGCACAAACAUUGAGUCCACCUGCAGGCUUAGUCCUCAACAUUUUGAAGACGACCCAGUCACGUUUUUGUGUUUAUCCAGGAGAGGGCACUUUUAUGUUUGCAGAAUCUACCGGGAAGUGCGUUUGUUCUGACCCUAAAGAGACACCAUAUAAGAGGCGGCAAGUAAUAUUAGCUAGUAGCUUCUUGCUGUUAAGCUGUAAAACCAUUGAUAAGCAUAUAUAUAAGAGCCCCCCAAGUCCUGCUUCAGCUCCUGUUCUGAAAGGCUUGUCAUGUUAGGUGAGAUUCAUUCUGGGUCUGAUUUGAUAUGCUGCCGAUAUCAUAAAAUUACAAUACAAUUCAUCAGCUAGCCCGCUAGCGUCUAUGCUCGCUUAGUCUUUUUCUCUCAGGUUUUGAUAAGUCAGUGGUUCUGUUUACCAGCAAAGGGGUAUUCUUUCUUCAGAUAUCUUGCUUUUGUGGUUGGUGGACACGUUGAGGCAGAGGCAUUGCUUCUCUUUCCUGCAGUGGAGGCAAAAAAGUACAAAAAUGUUGUUAUACAGUGAGACAGAAAGAGAAAACAUAGAUAAUUAUCGAAAUGAAAAACCAAUUAUCAGGUUCACACAUUUACUGGCAGAGCUAUCUUUCUCUUUGCAUGCUGAUUCUCUGCUUUCGAUUGCUUGGCCUCACUGUAAGCUUUAUUACAGCCUGACUCACAAUUUUUCCCUUCUGUGCUUGUGGCCUGAGCAGACUCUGAGGUGCAGAUGUCAGAGAGCUGACCCGUGACUUUGUAAGAACACUGUUAUUAAAAUAAAAAUGUUUGCCAAAACCGUAUAAAUAUGACCAAAGUUGUUUAAACCCAGAUUUGUACUCAGAGGUCACCUAUUAUUCGUACUUUCCCAUCAUGUUUUGCUGCUUUUUUUUCCUGUUUUUCAAAUGAGAAAUAUUCAGAAAGUGCAGCAGAAUGUUUUCUGUCCCAAUGCACAAGUUAGAAAUAGCCAGGGUUGUAACAGUCCUGCUUUUUAAUCUCAUUUUGUCUCAGUGGUGGAGCACAGACAGCCUGUUUGAGUCCUCCUGUGCUGUGUGCGUGCGUGCGUGCGUGUGUGUGUGAUAAAGAGAGAGAGAGAGAGAGAGAGAGAGAGAGCGAGAGAGAGAAUAAGAAGGGAUAGAUGGAUAGAGAGGGAGAGAGAGAGCAGUGGGAGAGUGGAGGAAAGAGACAAAGCUGUAAUUGUUUGUUCUCUUGUUGCCCUCAGUCCCUAUAGCAUGUCUGGCACCUUCCUCUAGCUCUGCGUCUCCCUCCAUCGCUGACAUACUCCUAACGUCCUCCUUUUCUCUACUUUCCUCCCCUUGUAUGUCUCCUCUUCCCUUCUUUUUCCUCUGUCCUUUAGCUUACUAUCUCUACCUCCUUCCUAACUCCAAGAUACCUAUCCUAAACACAGACACUCAUACACACAUUAAACACACAAGUACACACACAAACAGGACCCUCUCCUCGGGGUUAAGCAGCACUAAACUAGUUCAUUUAUUUCCAUGGAGAGACUGAGUGUAGCAGAGGAGUGGAGGCUGUAACUAGGCUGAUAUCUACUACAUGCUGUGUCACAUUAACAUACACACACAUGCACACACAAACACACGUACACACAAAAACACACACGCACACUGUGGUUAAAAGAGACUGUUGCUGCCAGGCUGAUACCAGACGUCUAGACGUUACAGUGCACGUCUCCCAGGGGAGGGAGAAGGCAGAGUGAGCUGUGUGUGUGUGUGUGUGUGUGUGUGUGUGUGUGUGUGUGUGUGUGUGUGCAUCUCCGUUUCCCCUUACUCUUUCUGUCCCUUUCUUACUGAACUCUCUGUCCAGUGCCAGUCGUUUUGCGUGAGUGUGUUCACGUGCAUUCACUCCUCUCCCUCCUUGUCUCAUUUUAUCAUUCUCUGUGGCACUGCAUGUGUGUGUGUGUUCCAGCGUGCAUGUGUGUUUGUGUGUGUGUGUGUGUGUGUGUGUGUGUGUGUGUGUGUUUGCUUGCCAGGCAGGUCGCUGCCAUGGCGCCCCAGCAGCUCUGGGCCUUGUUGAUCACGGCACCGUGCCCAAGGGUUGCCAUGGCAACGGCAGUGGCAGCAGACAGGGCUGUGUGCGUCCGUGUGUGUCGAAGGAGGACUGUGUGUGUGUGUGUGUUUGUGUGGGCCCGGUGUGGUGGGCAGCAGGCUGUGAACUCAGCAGGCCCCUAGCUGGGCUGGAGCGCUCUGGGCAGCAGGAGAGGGACCAGAAAGUUGGAGCAAAGAAAAUGUUGGUCAGUCUGUCCCUCUUUCUCGUCUGAGCACAGGUUUAAAGUGGCAGCAGACUCUCUGCAGAUGUGCACUGUUUUCUGCAUCAAAUGUUUAGGACAGAAAUGUUUCAUAAGGGUACAAGUUGUGCAACAUACUGAAUACAUCUGUUAAAGGCCCAAACGGCUCCGAUCAUUGGUCUGUUGGUCUGCUUGCAGCCAAUAUUCAGUCAUUCAAUUAAUGCAACACCAAGAAACUGCUGCUGAGUCUGCUUAGUGCAGAUGCAGAGAGCAGGAGCAGUAGACUUAAAGGUUAUUUCAGCAAAAAUGUUCAUUCAUCAUAGUUGUAGUAGCUAAACCUAAACUAGCCACUGAGGGGCUAGUUAGCAAUGAGGUGGGUUCAUCCUUGCUCCUGUGGAUCUUAUGAAAAUAAAUAUUCCAGUAUCUUUAUUCUUGGAAGAUUUAUUUGUCCUCUGUUAAUUUUGAAUACAUUAAGCAACACUGACUAUAAACUUCCAUUGACAGAUUUAUAAUUCACCUGACUCUGUAGAACCACUCAGCAGAUAAAAAUAUGUGUGCCAUUCUCCAGCUGAUGUCUUAGUUAAUGUCACCACCCACAAAGUGCAUCUGCCGAACCCGGUAUUGACACCUACUGGAAAAGUUAUGCCUCACACUUUUUGAACUUCUGAUGCAACUCUUCCGAAAACAGAUGUUAUGUUUUUCAAACAAGCUCAAAAAGAUCUCAUUUAACCUGCUCGAUUCAGGUCUGAGUAUAAUAGUCACACUUUCACAUCUUAAGAUGCAGUGGAAAGGAAGUUUAAGAUAGCCACUUGCAUUAUGCAGAUUGACUGGUGCCUGUUUUAAGCUUACACAACUUAUACAGUAGCGUACUCCAUACAUACCUGUGCUGAGACCUAUGUACACAGCAGGGGUAGGAAUCGCUAGUGACCCCACGAUACAACAUCAUCACGAUACUUGAGCGACAAUUCAAUAUUGUGGGGUUUAAAACAUUUUGCGAUACAGUGAGUAUUGCGAUACAAUAUAUUGCAAUUUGUACUUUUUUUUUUCAUCUGCUUAGCUGAUAUAGCAUUUGUCUUUCCCUAAUGUUUGUCUCAUUGAUGCAAUUUUAUUUUCAUGUAUCACUUCUUGCAAACCUCAUAUGUGAGGUCCAUCUCAUCUGUGCCCUGCUUAAAUUCCUAAUGUCUGUCCCCAGGUGGUAACAUUCUCCUGUUCUAUAAUGUCACCUCUGCCAACCUCACUGGACAAACAAUUAAUUUUAUUUUUUCCAAUAUCAUAGAAUUGAGUUAAUAUUGACAAUUAAUUGGACAAAAUCAAUACUUAGGGGAUGAUACGAUAUAUCACCGGACAAAAUAUCACAAUACUAUGCUGUAUUGAUUAUUUUCUCCCACCCCUAGUACACAGCCUGACAUACACCUCCUCAAAUGUAACUGCAUGUGAAAUGAUAUUGAGCUCUGUGAUUGGGCCACUGGGUAUCAUCGUAUUUCCUGCACAUGUCCAGUAUUGCUCCUGUUGGAGACAAACGUGGUGAACAGAAGAUAGAGAUAAGAAACUUCAGCUAACAUGCAGUCUAGUUUUGUCUUUCUAUUGCACCUUAAAUCAUUGUUACAAUAAUGAACGUUGCAUGUCUUUAUCAUCAUGCAGGCUUCCCUAGGAGAUGAUGCUAUGUAGUGUUGCCUCCGCUAGUAUUUGUCUCUUGUCUCCUAAAAUGUGAUUUUCUUGUUCCCUGGAUCCACGUGAAUGCAGCAUUGCACACAAGGGGGAGCACAGACGGAGACCCAGACCAUGCUCAGUCUUGUUAAAUGUUUUGUGCAAUCAAUCAGACUGAUGUUGGCACAAGUUCAUUAACCUGAAAUACAACUUUUCCACUGUUUCUCCCCUUCAUUAUAACAAGUAAACCUGCAGGCUGAGAGCGGCGGACUUGGGGACCAGCACAAUUACACAGCACUUACAGCGCUUCCUCUUCCAGUCAUGGUGGAAGUGCUGCAUUUCAAGUAAAGUGCACUUUUGAUUGCCAGGUGCGACAGUGGGGAUGGUAAUAUUUCUGGCAGAUGAAGCUCUUGACUGCAGUAGGAAACAGGAAAUGACUGCAGAGGAAAUAAGCCAGCCGGCGGUUUGGUCAAGUUUAUGCUGGUGUGGUGAAAUGAAAAAGCAGCUUUCCUGCUGCAAAGUUUACAUUUUUAGGGGAACCUGCAAACCCCAGAUUCAUUUCCGCUGAAGCUUUGGCUGUCCUUGCUGUCUGUUGUCUCCUGUCCUGUGCUCUCCCACACCAGGCAGUUUGCUUUUACAGACAGGUCUUCUGCUGUAGUUGCUUUAGCUCUUGGGCUCUGUGCUCCCUGCCUGCAAGAUAGGAUUCAUAACAAGAAGCUGAGAGUCUCCAGUCUGAAAGAAAAAGAAUUUUCUCUGCACGUGGGAGUAGCUCUUCAACUCUGAAUUAGCAAGCAGCUAGCAGGCCUGUUCCCUUCACGCUCAGCCUCUGCUGUCAGCAAACAUCCACUUACAGACCUGAACCAUGGAAUAGAUUCUGGUGGUUUUGGACAAAAGACAGCUCCUUUGUGCAAACUAAACCAGCCAGUCCGUGUUUUCUCACGGAAGCUUCCAAGGUCAUCCGAGCUCAAAUGUUAAGUUUAUUGAGCAAUAACAAUGUUAGAGGCCCAGCUGAGUGUGUGCAGGCUCUAUAGAUAGCCAUUAGCCUGAUUUUCAUUUCAGGGCCAAACAGGGUAAGCUUGUGUGCUCUCAUUAGUCACAGAAAUGAACUUCCCCUGAAUUAACUGUUUCUUGUCACCAGAAAUAAUGAGUGUGCCGUGGGUUUUGCACUGACAUGAACCCUUUCUCAAGAAGAGGUGUCAGUCGUUACCUCUUUGUUUUCUGGACGUGUCUGUCCAUGCAGGUUUGGUUUAGAAGUCUGGUCCCUCUCAGUUUGGUUUGGUUUGGUUCCUGCCUCCACCCCAGUGAUGAAGUGCUUGAAAUUUGGAUUUCAACGCUUGCCACAUUGAAAAAUGGCGUCUAUUUCCUGUGGCUGUGUAGAGUUAGCGUGGAUAGUUCUCUGUCAGCAGUUUUAAAGGGAAUUAUCUGUUCCUAGAAUGACUGGCAGUGAACUGUACAGACAGACACCUUAAAGAGAAGAAAGCUUUGAGGAGAAUAUGUUGAACUGUUCCUUUAAUAUUUAUGUAAUUGAUCAUUCGUCGGUGGGUGAUAUAACAGUGUGUGUUACACUUGUUUGAAUAUGUCCUCAGACUCAGCCUGUUCAAUGGAGCGGCUGCUGCUGUCUGUCUGUUUGCUGUGAGUCUGACUGCUUCUUUUCACUCAGAGGUCAGCUGAACUGUCUGACCUCUGGGUGGCCUCCCUCACUCACACACACACACACACACACACACACACACACACACACACACACACACACACACACACACACACACACACACACAAACAUGCACACAGACACAGUGACCCAAUGACAGCCCUUUGACCUGUGUGUGUGUGUGUAUGCGUGUGUGUGAGAACUGCUGUUUACCCUCUCUUUCAGAGUCUGUCUUUUUGAAUGGAUGUAGGGGACAAGCUCCUGCUGCUGCUGCUGCUGCUGUGACUGCUGUUUGUGUCUGAUAGGGUUUAGUGUCAGACCUCAGUAAAAACAGACUGCUUGUGCGUGCGUGCGUGCGUGCGUGCGUGCGUGCGUGGGUGGAGGGGGAGUAUAAUUAAGACCGUUCCUGGGGGGGUUAUAAAGCGUACAGUUAAUGAUUGUGUUUUCAAAUAGUACUCAAGCUUUUGUCAGGUGGGUCAAAGAGUAAAAUUCCUGUCUAAUUCAGGAUUAACCUGGACAUGAGACGACCUUGAUUUACACGACUCCCCCUUUGCAAUUUUAAGGAAAAUCUUUGAUUGUUAAAGAAAACAGUUUUAACUGAAAGAAUGAAAUGAAACAUACACAUUUGAUAAAACAAGAUAAGCUCAUGUGGGUAAAACUGUGUUUUUAGUGUCUUAAUGAUGAAUUUUUCAGUUAAAGGAAAUAAACUGUGUCCAUGUGUGUAAGUGAAGCACGUGAGUAUUGGCAUUGAAACAUUAAAACUGCAGUCUGUCAUAUGGAUUAAAGAUUGAUUCAUGUCAUUUUUUAACACUUAGCAUCAUAUUAGCAUUAGCCCUCACAAGGCUGAUAUCACCAUCAUGUUUUCUAAAUUUAGUAUUAACCUAUCCUAAACAUGUCACUCGCUGGGAUAAGCAUGAGUAUUUGAUUUUAAUGAAAUAAUAUGUGACUUUUUAACAUUUUUAUCGCAAUACUUAACUUGUCAUUUAAUUUCUUUGUCUGUUGAUGAUCCAUAAUGGCUGCACAGACCUCCAAAAUUCCUUUGUGGCAGUUUUUAUACUUAUAGAUCAAAUAUAUCCACUUAUGAUCAGCAACUUCGUUUCUUCUUUGUUAGUGCUAUUCAAUAUGUCAAAUGAAUCAAAAAAGGGAGAAAAAAAUUAUGUGAUAUCGGCAUUUCAGCCACCUGCUGACCUACUGUCUCAUCAUCAGUAAAACUGUGACUUGUCAACCACAUGACCUGUAUGGAUGAGAACUUAAGUGAUGUGUUUAUGCACUUGUCACUAAACCUUUCAGCCUGUGAUGGUGCUGGGUUUUUUGGCUGUCAACAAUCGUUUAUUCCUCCUGCUGCCUUUCUUUUUUUCCUGUCAUAUCAGUUGUUAGUUAAAAAAGCCUACUUUUGUGCUUCUGGUCAUAGAUGAAUUUUAGUUGUGAGUAACUCAAGUUUGGGGGAGCUGUCCCAAGCUCCAAGAUUUGAGCGACUAUAGCAAAUAACAGGAAGCCUGGUGAGAUUGAAAACUUAUGUCUUAUAUCUUUUAUCAUGUUAAUAGGUUGUUGUUUUUUUCUCCUUAUAUUAGAAUAAAAAUAUUUGGAAUAGUUUUAGGGUUACGAUGGACUGUGGAUGUUCAGUCUCUCGUGAUCUAAAUAAACUUGAUGACCUCUCUCCUCACCACAGCUGAAAAAGGAGACGGGAAAGCCAAUGCAAAUAUUUCAGCGCGCUGAAGGAAUAAAAGUGCUGCAGACGCCGGGCUGAUAUUGUUUUGACAAGUGGAUUACUGUAGUAAUAACAUCAGACUGGUGCUGGUAAUGCAGACUGCCAGCACACUCUGAUCUCUGGCCUGAGCAGGAGCAGAACACUGUGUUCUGGGUGGAUACUGUGGUGGUUCAGGAUGGGCCUUUCUCCCUCUUAUUGAAUCUCUCCUCCUCACACUUCCUUCCUCCCUGCUCAGCUCCUCCUCUGGCUUCCUUCCUCUCUGACGUGCAAAGGAGAGGCUAUUAACUGCAGCAGCUUCACUUUUAUUUUGCUUGAACUGUAAAAACAUCCCCACCCGUACUUCAGAACACAGCUUUGAGUCGGGCAUCUGGUUUGUUUGGCUUUUACAACAGCGGCAGGCAGGCAGAGUGAGUGAUAUUUAUCCGGCAGGCUUAGAGAAGGGCCUGGUUGACUUGGUUUCCCAGAGGGCUGUUCUCUGAAAGAAACCCUGCCUCAGUACCCUCCCUGUGGUGGCUGUGGUGAGUACACAGGCCUGGGCUGGUCGUGGCUAAAGCUUCUAAAGGAGACCAUCAACCUUGCAACAUAACAUCUUAGCAAUGCUCACAGACUAGGGUAGGAGUUCAGUCCCAAAAACAAAUCUGAGGCUGUGCUAUGAUCAGGAAGAGGAAGAGAAACACAGCUGUGUUGCAGGCCGAGAGAAUUUACGUUCCUGGACUAUUCUGAUCACUGCUCAUGUCAGGGAAACACCAAAUUGCUCUGUGCUGUGUUUUACUCACUUAAAAUAACUAGCUUUGCCUGUUAUAAAGAGGACGAGACCUCAGUGGACUGCAGGACUCCAGCCCAGUACUAAGACACAGACUGGUGGCAGCUCACCUCACAGCCCCCCUGGUGUCAUGUGACUUGUGACACUGAUGAUGUUCUUGUUGUUGAAACAGAAAUUUGAAUCAGUCUAGGGUCAGAUUGAAGCAAAACACAGGAUCACAAGUCUGCAGGUAAACUGUGUUAGAUUGGUUAGCUGAGUGUGGCUAACUCUGUCAGAGCUAACACCACCAGAUCAUCUUCAUCAUCAAAGUCAGGCAGCACUACCAGAUACUGUCUGUGCUUGUUUUUAUCCAGACUGUAGGGCAUUUUAGCAUUUCUACCGUCACCCCAGUUCAUGGCAUGUGGCUCUGCUACAGUUUAGGCACAAACUGUGGCCAAUAUUUCAGGGCUGCAGUGGUGAAAGUACUACAAACUUGUUACACAAGCUGCGUUUACAUAGGCACAAAUAAUUGGAAUAAAGGCCCGAUCGGAAUAGAAAGGUGUCAUGUAAACAUAUCAAUGGGGAAAAUUCUGAUCCAAUUGGGCUCAAUCUGAAAGAAAUUAUAUUCUAAACGAGAGGGGUGGUAUAAGAAUAAGAAGAACUUUAUUAAUUGCGCAAAAAAAAAAUCAAUAUGCCAAUCAUUAUUCCGAAACGUGUCAAUGUAAAUACUUAUUCAGGUCGUGACUCUCUUACCUGACUUGAUCUAACUCUUAACCCUUUGGUUUAUCUGUUGAGGCCAGUACAGGAGGUUUCAUUUUUAACACUCUGACAUAAAACACAACCGCAGGUGCCGUGUCUGCUCUUCUGCUAACAUAAGGCAUACAUGCAGCGUAAUGAUGUCACAACGCAUAGCGCAACCUUUGACAGGACAGUAAAAUAAGUGAGCAAGGACGCCAUCUAGUGACAACAUUUAACAGGGAGAAUAGCCUGAAUUGCAUGAAGUGAGCCACUACUGCGUUUGUUGACAGCACAGGCGUAAAUACAACUCUUCUUCUGCGGUUGUUUUAGCAAAAUUAGACAACUCUGCCCAUGUCCAAAUGCUUCUAAUCUAGAUAAAGCUUGGUGCAUGUAUCCGCACAUCAUGAUCGGAUUAUUUGAUCUUGCGCCCAUAUGAACGGUGGAUUCAGAUUAUCUGAUCCCGCAAAUUUUUUAACGGAUCAAGAAAUUUUGGCUCAAGACAUGUAGCAAGGGUGUCGUUACUUGAUUGAUGGACUAAAUGCAAACAUAAAAAGACUUUUCCAUUGAAAAAACACUUAAUUCCACAGUGUUUACUGUUUUUUUACUGCUGUGAGACCGCUCUGGAUGAUUUGGAUGUAAUGCUGUGAACAAAGGGUCAUUUUAAGGGUCAUUUGGAGACCGGAUCUGUGUUCAGUGGAACCAAAUUACAAAAAUGUGCAAGUAUUAAACUCAGGGUCUUCUCUUAGUGGUCUUUCCAAGCACAGACUUGCUGGCUUAUAAAUUCUGUGUUUCAUGGGAAAGAUGGGGAAAAAGAAAGCGUUUCCUUUGAUGAAAAAGUCAAAAACGCCCAGAGUGCAGGAUGAGUCAUCAACACUUUCUGGAUGUUUUCCAAGAAUGACUAACUCUUAAUAGUCAUGAAGACUGCCUAAAAUCAACGUUUUCUGCUGCUCUUAGUUAUGUAGUGACAAUCAUGAUGAAACUUAGAUGUCUACCUCUACACUGGACAAAAAGAGACAGUGAUAUAGUUUCUCCAGACAUGAAUAAAGCAGAUCUUCAAAGUUAUGUCGCUGAAAUGAAACUUCUCCUCUCCCUCAUGGCUUAUUACGCAGUUUUUUCCUACAAACUUGGUGCAAAGGCCUUUUCUUUUCUUUUCCAGAACAUUCCUGUCUUUUCCCCUAGUGCAUGGUUGAUGAUGUUACCAGACGGUCAUUUAUAGCAGUCUUUGGUUCAUGAUCUACAGUCUCAGCUCUCUCUGUUCCCUCAGUCCUUGCUGUGUCACAUUCGAUGACUCAUAUUGUGAUGAAUUGCUUAAAAACUUUAAGUCUGGUGUGAAAAAUGGGUCAGGUUCGACACUCAUUCCCCCCCUAAGAUAAGAAAUGUUGGACUGAAUGUGUCUGUUAAUUUUGUUGGAGGCCAGUGCACUGCAGUGUUGUUGUGCCUGUUGCUUUUUUAAAACUAAUGAAUUUAUGAAUGAGAUGUGUUUGAGUCACUUCUGUGGCUCGUCUACAGCUCUUCACAGCUCCUCACAGCUCCAGUCGUUGGGCUUGUCUGUCCUUGUUCCGCCUCAUACCUCUGCUCUGUGGUGGUUAAUGUUGGUAAGUUUCAGAGGCUCGGGCUUUUUUUCUUCACUGCGUUAUGUUGUCUUCCAUGUGGUUUGCGCUGAUUGGCAUUCUCCCUCCCAGUCUUACCCCCACCGGUCGCCUGUGGCUGCUGUGGUGGGGCAGAGGCAGGUUUGGGUGGGUUUAUAUUUCAACUGAGGUUCCAUAGUCACCAAGUGGAUUACUCAGCCUGAGAAACCUAGACCAGACUGCUCCCACUUCUGUGUGAUUCUUUUUUUUUUUUCUAAGAGCAAAGAUUUUCUUCAAAGCCAGAGAUAUAUGUCAAAACUAUCAGCUCAGUUUUAGCCAAUUAGGAUGUAUCAGUGAGUCAUGUGACCCAAAUGCUGUUUGGGGUUGUCAUUACUACAAAGGGUCAUGUGACAAGUUCGAGCUGCAACAUUUAGGGUGUAAAAGUGACAAGGCUGCAGACUUUUUAAAAGCUGCAGUUCUUCAAGUGUCCACCAGAGGCUGAUCUGAAAAGUCAAAAAACACCAAGGCUGUGUCCGAAAUGGAUCUCUAACCCCUAUAUAGGUGACUACAUGGGGGUUAGCACCAUUUUGAGGGAUGUCCAAAACCUCAGUGAUCAAUUCCAGUGCCCAAUACAGGUGACUCAAUAUUUCCCAUAAAGCAUUGCAAAAUGUAGUGACCAUCCGAUGGUCAGUCACCGGUGGCGGACAUCCCGUCAUGCAUUGCGUCUUGCCAUGUAGUGUCGGAAACCUCCGCUAAUUGAGUUCACUACACAGUCAACGAUAUAGUAAAAUCCCAUAUCAGGGUUAAGGGUUAGGGAUUGAGUGAUUCAUUUCAGACACAGCCCAAGAGAUUAUAUUCAGUUUGUUGUUUGGUAGCAGAAUUGCAGCCCAUAGCACUAAAAAAGUCCUGCUCAGUUCUUUAUCUGCAGAGUUGGGUUGACUUUAUAACUCCUCUGUUAUGUCUAUAUUAAUGUUAGGAGUAAUGCAUGAUAAGAGUGGAGCCUAUGUAGUUGUAGAUGAUUAAUCGGCUAACCUAUUCAUCAGUCAAUUCUAAUUUUCACUCACGAGACAAAAGUCAGCUUUUUGAAUUCAAUCAAGCACACCUGUCGCUGGUUUUGCUGGGGAUGCACCUGCAAAGGCAUAAUUUACAUAUGAAUGUAUCAAUGCCAGAGAUUCCUGCUUUUUUAAGAGUUCUCUAGGUUGUCAAAUCAGGUUUCUCAAAACCAGGAUGAAGGCCUAUCCUAGUUUGAGUGUCAGUGUUGAGUUAAUUGUAAAGAGUAGAUGCUGUUUGAUGCUGGUGAAGCUGUUUUAUGAUGAAACAUGUUUUAAACAAUGCUGCAUCAUUUAGAAAUGGUGUGAUUUUGCAUUAUGUCUCACAGAGUUUAAAUCAAAUUUAAAAGUUCAUUAAGUUCAUGAUCAUUCAAAAGACAGUCUUGGUAGAGCUGUUUUGGUGCUAAACUUCCAUCUUUGUUCUGAACCAAAUAUUCAUUCACCCCUGAUAAGGUCUGAAAUCUCUACUGUAAGAUUAUUAUUGUUAUCAGUCUCAUGAUGAAAUUUUUUUUUCUUAAAGAUUCUUGAUUUUUUCUUCCCCGUUGUGUCAGAAACUGCCCAGCUGCAUUCUGGGUAAUAAUUUCCAAAAAGUGUUUCGAGCUCUGUGGAGGAGUUGUCUGCCAGAAUGGAGCUAUUGUAGCUCAAAAAGCUGUGUUCAUUGUUCUUACAGAGCUGCAUGUACACACAAGGACACACACGGCAUUAACACAGGCAGACUCUUCACACACAAAGUGAGUUAGUGUCCAACAGUGAGUAAGAGUGUGAGUCAGGGGUCAGACUGUGUGCCAGGACCAGACAAGGUCAAGACUUCUGCUCAGAACAAACACAACAAAAGACUCUCAGACUGCAGACUGAGAGAGAGAGCGAGAGAAAGAGAAAGGAGGGCUGAGAGGAAGGAUGGAUAGACGGAGUAAGAGAGACACAAAGUGGGAGACAAUAAAGAAUACAGAGUGAGAGAGGUGGAGAGAGAGGGAGGAAUGAAAAGCAGGAAGAGGAGGGAAGAGAAAAAGGCAGACUUAUUCGAGAGAGAACAGAACGAAGCCACCAAACAAUGAACAAGAGGCCACAACAGACGUGACUGUAAGGCAGCGGUCACUGUGUGUCUCAGCGGUGACCUGAUCUGGGAGGUCAUCCAGACCAGUUCUGAUACUGGUGUGUGUGUCCGUCUGUCUGAGGACAGGAACACCGCAGUUAUUCAGCAUGUUUACAAAGCAGCCACUGUCAGCUGGACAAACAGACAGACAGACAGACAACACCGUCUCAACAAACACCUUUUCUCUGGUUUGAUCCUCUGAACACUCACUCACUCACUCACUCACUCACUCACUCACUCACUCACUCACUCACUCACUCAUAUGAAGAUUUACAUGUUCUCACCCUGUAACAGACUGAGCCCAGAGUUUGACCUUUGCUACCCCCUGCUGGUCAUCUUAAAGUAUAACAACCAGUCAAAGUAGUUCUCAAAACUGGAAUCAGUGACUCAUUAAUGAGGGCUGAGGCAGAUAUUUUCAUAAAAUCACAUUAUUGCCAACUUCAUGUGUGAAAAUAUCCUUUCAGGACAUGUUUGAAUCUCUGAAUCUACUCUCAGGACUGGACAGCAGAUAUGUUCUGCCUAAGAUCAGAGCUUGUGUCUCCAUUAAGUUGAUUUAAAUGUUAAAAAUUGUGUUUUGAUAUGAUAACUUUGACUCAGUUGAAGUUUGCUGAGUGUGUGUGCGUUUCAUUUUGCUCACACCUCACUUGGUUGACCAUGACUGCUGAGCAAAGUUUUCUGUAUCCUUGAUUUUCUCAGUGGGGGUUAAUCCGCAGACGGUGAAACGGGUGAUUUUCCUAGCUGUCCUUAAAAGCAUCUCCUUUUGGACAUAGGCUGCAGAUUGUUGUCUUUAAAGCAAUAUCCAUCUUUUCAAAACAAAAUCAUCUCCAUGUGAGUCAAGAUGAUAAAAGUGCAGCACUUAACAUCCAACAGCAUCGAUUCACAAACCGUAGGUGUUUGUGUUUUUUUGUGUAGACUCUCAAGACCUGUUUUGAUUGUUCUUCUCUUUUUGUUAUCAGAAUGAGUCAGCUGCCGAUUCAGUUUUAUUCAGUGUCACACAUUAUUAAAACAACAAUCAAGAUUGAAUUUUAGACUGUCUGCAGAAGUAGCUCCAAACAUUUGUAUGUCCUGAAGAAGUUCAUUUGUUCCUAUAAUUUAAUUCAAAAAGUGAAACUUUAUCACACCAAGUGAAAUAUGUACACACUCUUUUUGUUUAAUUCUUGAUGAUUAAGGCUCCCAGCUCAUGGAAAUCAACAAUCCCCUCUCUGAAAACAUCAGAUAUUGUGUAAAAGUCCAGUUUGUUGUCCGUUAUUUCUGUCCUAAAAAGAUUUCCAAUCAUGAACACCUGCAAAGGUUUACUAAGCCUUUAUUCUCUCACUCUGGUUCAGUACACACAACCACAAGCAUGCUUUAGACUGUUGACUGACACGUCCAGAAGACCUUCACUGACCCCCUCCACGAGGAGGAUCUGCCCAGGAAGGUCCCUGCUGUAAGGUCUGGCUUAUCCCAAAGUCUGUGUGAAGCAGAUUCAUGGAAAGCUGACUGAAGGAAAAAGUGAGGGAGGAAAAGCGGACCAAGAAAUAGGGAUAAGAGCAGCCUGUAGAAACCAACAAAGAAAGAAGAUUCAAGAAUUUAGAGGGGCUUUCUGUCAAGACACUCCUGAACCAGAGACAAUGGCAUCAACGUCUCAUCUGGACUAAGAAGACAAAGAACUGGACUGUUCCUCAGUGGUGUAAAGUCCCAUUUUAAGAUGGUAGUCAGUUUAACAUCUCAUUUGGAACCAGGGUCCCAGAGUCUGGAGGAAGAUCAGAGAGGCCUAGAAUCCAAGAUGAGGAAGAUGAGAGACACCAGAGCAUCAAUACAGACGAGCUGACGGAGCUAUCAGAGACUUGGAUUUCAACAAGACCACCAGCAACCCAGAUCUUUUCAGGAAUGAAAGAACUGACAACAAAUUAGACUUUUACACAAUAUUUUGAUGUUAGUGAAUAUUUGAUUUUCAGGAGCUGUCAGCUGAUCAUCACCAAUAGUCAAACGAAAAGAGUCUGUGAAUAUGAGGAAUCUACAUAAUCGAGAAGUUUCACUUCUUGAUUUAAAUUAUGGAAAAAAAUGAACUUUUCCAGGACUUUCACAUUUUCUGGAGCUGCUCCCAUACCUCAGAGUCGCAGCUUUAAAUAUUUUCUUUACAUGACAAAAGUGUUUUUUACCAAGCUUAGAAAUACAGCGUCCACUCUGGUGAUUUUGCUUGUUGUAAGCUCAUCUCUUCGUGUUUCUUUGAAGACCUCAUAUUCCCUAAUCAUAGAUAACAGAUUCAUUAUGCUGCUCUGACUGUUAGGAUUUAGUUAGAGAUACAGCUUAGCAGAAUAAUGGUCCUGGGAACAGUCCGCAGACACCUGCAUUUUAUAGCACUCAUAAAUAAACGUAAUGACCCCAUCAACAAAUGUUCAAUGUGAUGGUACAUAAGAGCUGCUGGGAAGAAUAACUACAGCUUUAAAACUUUAUUUCAGAUCAAUUAAAGGGAAUUAUGCAAACAAUGAUGUCCUGUUUUUAAAGGGACUCUAAAAUCACAUUGACUGUCAGUUUUGUACAUUGAAUGUCUGUGUUUAGGAUAGCAGCUCUGUGUUGUAUUCAAAUGUGAUGGAUUUGUUCAUUUCAAAUGUAAGUUAUUACAGCUGUUGUUUGUCAUUUACCCUUUUUUUCCUCUGUAAUGUUUCUCAAUAACCCUCAGUAUUUGAGAUUAAGUGCACCUUUUUUGGAUUCCUUCAUGCACCUCCAUCUCCGGUCAGUGUAAGAUGCUGACACCUUCUCUCUCUCUGUGUGUUUUUGCAGCUGAACUGGAGUUUGUUCAGAUCGUCAUCAUCAUCGUGGUGAUGACAGUGAUGGUGGUGGUGAUCAUCUGCCUGCUCAACCACUACAAGCUCUCCACCUGGUCCUUCAUAACAAGGCAGAGCCAAGCUCGCAGGCACGACCAUGCCCUGCAGCAGGUGAGUAUCUGUCAGUGAAUGUGUGUGUGUGCAGAGAGUGAGCAGGAUAGAGAAAGACACCGUUCCUUCAUGGUUGUAUUAAGUUGCUCCUGCACUGCUGUGCUUUUUGAAGUGAUAAUGAAUGAGAAAUUGUGUGUGUGUGUGUGUGUGUGUGUGUGUGUGUGUGUGUGUGUGUGUGUGUGUGUGUGUGUGUGUGUGUGUGUGUGUUUGUGUGUGUGUGUUCUCCCUGAAUGUCCCUGCUCACUCAUUGUGACAGUGCUCUUUUCUUUAUUUCUGCAGCAGGACAAACAUAGCUACCAGUUUGUUCUCAGUAAAGCUGCACUGAGCUAAAUGAAUCCUUUUAUCCUGAUCGGAGACUCUGUCCCAGUUUCACUGAGGUAGCAGCUUUGCUCCAGUCUGUUAGGUGAACUCGCUGAAUUGGUUUCUUUAGAGCCAGACUCUGUCAGGCCUUGAUGUUUAAUUCACUACAGUGCUGUCUAGACAGCAGUGGCUCUGCCCCCAUACUGACACGCUAACUCUCUGGGACAAACACACAGACACACACAUGCUCACUUGAAUAUCUCCCCCUUAGAUGAUCUCACAGAAUCUCAUAAGAUCUGUAUUGUAAGAAUAUUGAUUUCUUCCUCUUUUGAUAAAGACAUAAAAGCUGUUGUCUGCUUUGUUGUCUCAUUAAAGAUUAAUAACCUCCCCACUCAUAGUCUUCAUCUCUCUCCCGGCUAAAUGCACCGUCCAAUCAGAUCAAAAGCCACGCAAACAGAAGUAGACACAUAACACAAAGUGUCAUAAAUGCAACUUCAGACAGCACAAAGGUAACAAAGCCUUAUUACAGACACAGACUGCAUCUUUGGGAGAACAGCUGCUGGCCUCUUUCUUCUGUACUUCUUCUUCUUGUUCUUCUUGUUCUUCUUCUGCUUCUUCUCCUUCUGCUUUUUCUUCUUCUUCUGCUUCUUCUGCUUCUUCUUCUUCUCCUCUCACUAAAUAAUGCUGACUUCUCCUUCUGAGGAGAGAUCCUGGAGUCAAACGUAGAAAAAGAGAAACUGCAGUGAUUUGAUAGGUGUUCGUCUUUGUUGUAGCUUGUUUUUCAAAUAGGAGCUGUCUUUCUUUUUGUUGUCCUUGCUCUAAACAGGGCUGGCUAUUUCAGUUUGAAGCCAUCUAGCAUUUCUCCGCACUGUUUCAUCUUUUAUGUCUUCAUUAAAUUGCUAUUUUUGGGGCGUUUUUUCCUUUCAUCCUUUCUUUACACUUGUAAAUAAAUCCUCAGCCUAAUGGUCUCCCAUCAGAAACAUACAAAACAAACUGCAGUAUUAUUUGUUGAUGUGUGAAGCUUUAUCAGCAACAGUUAAUCUAAAAUGAAUUUAAAUUGUUGUCAAAAACACAUUUAAAGUUCCCGAAGAUUAGCUGAUCCAUUGGUCUUCAUUCAGAGACAAAGGAAGUCUUCUGCAGGGAUCCUCAGCCUCAUUCCUUCUUGUUUUUGUUUUGUCUGACGCUGUGUAGGAUGGGUGUCUGUGGCCUUCAGACAGCGGCUCUCGACAAGGUGCCUCAGAGGUAAGACCUCCACCACACUGACACAUAUCAAACCCACAGGCAGGUCUUGAUCGCAGUGAUGAGGCAGACUGAGGAGGACUGUGGCAAUGCUCGAUAUAAACAGUCCUGUUCUCUCAGAGGAAGAGUUCAGCAGCAUGACAGCCUUGUGUACUGUGUUCUUAUAAAAGUGGGAUUUUUCCUGUCAAAUCAACCAAUCACAGCCUCAGGACAACAACAUCAGCAGCAGCAUACUGCUCCUACACUUCAUUGCUUAGAUUUCCAGUUCAAGUAUCCUUGGGCAUCUCAAAAGCAUCUGAAACAUGACUUUGUAACAUUUUAGCAUUAUCCAAUUUUUCGGGGGGGGGGGGGGGUAGUUUUACAUUUUUUUCCGACUCUAUAUUUCCUCUCUGAUACCUCUUUAAUAUCUUAACAGGAUUUUUCAGAUUUUAAAAAAAGCCUCAAAUUUCUUACGCUGGUGUAUUAACAUUUCAUUAUUUCAGCCUCUGUUUGAAACGCUUUGUUUUAUCUGGUGAUUUCAUCUCUUCCUGUUGAUAAUGCAACACAGAAGUUACAGCUCAUAGAUUCAUAACAGCUCAUAGUAAUGUUCGUGAAGUGUAAUAAGCAGUGAGCAUAAAGGCUUAUGAAAGUAUGGUUUAUAAUGAACGAUAUUUUAACACAAAAGAAAAAAAAGAAAAAGGAAAAAUAUAAAAAAUGACAUUAAUUUCAGCCAUAUAACUUCAUUUAAAUGUUGAUUAGGAUCAUUUAUUGAGUCAAUCAGACGUCAUUUGUAUAGUACUUUCCAUACAGGGAGAUGUAGCACAAAGUGCUUGAUUGUGAAUCAUUAAAAUAAAAACACUGAUUAAGACAAGCUGACAAUUCAUGGUAAUGAAUAAAUUAAAAAAUGAUAUAUAUAUAUAUACAUAUAUAUAUAUAUACAUAUAUAUUUAUAAUAUAUAUAUGUGUGUGUGUGUGUGUGUGUGUGUGUGUGUGUGUGUGUGUGUGUGUGUGUGUAUAUAUGUAUAUGUGUGUGUGUGUAUAUAUGUAUAUAUGUGUGUGUGUGUAUAUAUGUGUGUGUGUGUGUGUAUAUAUGUGUGUGUGUGUGUGUAUAUAUAUAUAUGUAUAUAUAUGUGUGUGUGUGUGUAUAUAUGUGUGUGUGUGUGUAUAUAUGUGUGUGUGUGUGUAUAUAUGUAUAUAUGUGUGUGUUUUGUGUAUAUAUGUAUAUAUAUGUGUGUGUGUGUGUGUAUAUAUGUAUCUAUAUGUAUAUGUAUGUAUAUAUAUGUAUGUGUAUGUAUAUGUAUGUAUAUAUGUCUAUAUAUGUACGUAUAUAUGUAUAUAUAUGUAUGUAUGUAUGUAUGUAUAUAUAUGUGUGUAUUUAUAUACACACACAUACACUUAUUCAUGAAGAUAUGUAUGUAUACUCAUCGUACAAAUAAAUAAAUCAAUUAAAUUUAAACCGCACAUAAUGACCAGAAUAAGUUAGGAAAUGCGAUCAUGAGAGAAUAAUGAGGAAACACCAGAGGUAGGAUUAAAAUGUGAAAAUUCAAAUCAGAAGAUCAAGAAAAUAGAUAAAUAAAACAAUAACAUAAAUAGAAUGAUAAAACACUAAAACCUUAAUGAACACUGAAAUGAACCAUACUAAAAAAAACUAGAAGGGAGACUAAAAGAAAAUCUGACAAAAUAAUUCAAAUAGAAUAAGAAAGGAUAAGAAUUACUAUGAAAAAUUGAAAUCUGAACUAAUGAAACAGCUCAUAAAUAAAUAGUAAACUCAGCUAAAAGCUUGACUAUUAAGGUAGGUCUUAAGUCUACUUUUAAAAAUAUACAUACUCUGUGCUGCCUUCACGUCUUCAGGUAGGCUAUUCCACAGAUGUGGGCUGUAAUCCUAAAAAGUUGCCACACUGUGAGUCGUUGUUCUGACUUUUGGCACCAUUUAAAGACCACUACCUGAAGCCCUGCAGACCACUAUCCUGAAAAUAAUUGCAAAUAGCCUCACUCUACUUAAAGGCUGAGUCAGGCUUUACAGUGAUCCAGUGUUAAAGAGACAUUUUCCAAGGUGAGAAUCAUUGUAAUCUCUUAUUUCAGUGAUACAGGAAUAAACUCUGUAUAAACCUUUGUAAUCUUUACAUAUUUUGACUUUUUUUUUCUUUGAGGUGACAGACUUGUGUUUCAGUUUUAAGUUGUGGGGUGCUGGCCAGGGAAAUACUCUGACAAAAGUCGUCUUUAGUGAGUCACACACACUAAGGAUGUGAAAGUGAAGAACUCUUGUACAACAUUAAAAUUUUGUCAAGAUAUUGGAAAAGAAACACCAAAAACCAAAUCUCAUUUCAUUUGAGAUUUAUUUAUUGAUUGUAUGAAAGACUCAAAAUCUGCAAAACAACUACAAGAAAUCAAAUGAACAAAAAAAUAAUCUCCAACCAAAAAAUAGACUUCAACUCCUGUUUGUGAUUUUCUCUCUUUUAUCAAUUUUCAAUGAAUUUCAGUUCAAAAGAAAGAAAUAAGAAUGAAACAAGAUAAGUGAACAGUCUUUGUUAGAGGUUAAUCAAUGUGAGAGUUAUCAUUUGUAAAUGAACAAAAAAUAACAGAUUUUUCUUUUGUAUUAUAAACCAUAACUUUUUACAGCACUCCCUGUUAUAAGGCCCAAUGAAUGCAUUUAUAAGGCUUUAUCAAUGUGCUGAUGAUGAGGCAGGUUGAUGUAAAUUGUUACCAAAGUGCACGGGCUGUAGAAAUGGUGUACACCUGAUAACCUGCUAAAAGUCAUCUGUUUAACAGUGUUUAACAACCAGAGUAAGAAAUAAAACUAAAGGAGAGAAAGACUCAUUAGAGGUCUUUUGUCUGAUCUACGUGCUUUACUCGCUGUUGAACAAAAGCAUGCAUCUCUUCCUGGCUCUUUGUUUCUUGGUUGGCUCGCUCUCACAGCGCUCGCCCUUGUAUAAUUCUUCUGUGGUUACAGGAAUACUGUCACGGCAGAGAGAUCCUGACAUUUGCAUUUUGGUUGCUUGUAAAUAUUUGAUCAUUCAGGAAUUGAAGCUUGUAAUUCGCACUGGGUACGUCUGGCACUGUUCACCAAACAAAAUCAAAUUUGGCGUGUUCUCAAAGCCUGGAGAAUACAGAACCGCAAACAAAUGCCAGUGUACUCAAUGUGACUGGUGAUCUGUUUGCUCAACGGCAUCAAUGCCAGAUGGAAGAGCUUAGGAGCCGCGUUGGGAACACUAGAAACAUGAAGUUCAGAGAGUUCUUGAGAACACACACUAACAUGAUUAUAGUGCUGAUAACUUAUAUUUGAGGCCGUGUGAGUCAAUUAGCUGGAAAGUUUGUGAAGGCAAAAGGGCAAGUUUGCUGUCAUUUGGACCUCCUGCUGGCUUAAAGCUUUAUGCUAAAUGACACCACAGGAGAGGGAAAAAGAGAAGCAGACACCAAGGGAUGAAUAGAGAGAGGAAGAGGAGGAAGGAAGGUGAAGGGAGUAAGCGAAAGAGCCGUACAGAGCAAUGAAGGGAAGGGAAACGGUGUCAGAGCACCCUGAGAGACGUGGAAAGAAGGAAGAGGCCGUAGAGAGACACGCACAGAGGGAGAUGCAGCCAAUGAGUGUGGGUGGCUGAUAAAUGCAGAGAAAGGGGGUCUGUGUGUGUGUGCGUGUGUGUGUGGCGGGGGGGGGUGGAUGGUUUUUGGUGCGUCAUUAAUCAGCAACACCUCCCCUGACACUGUCUAGACAGCCGUCUGAGAGCUGCCCUGCUCCACUGCGCUCUGCUCCCUCUAUCAGCGAUACACCUUUCUCUCCCCCUCCCUCCCUCUGUCUGUCUGUCUCUCUCUCUAUCUGUCUGGCUCUUUACUUUCCUUUUUCCUUUUUCCUCUGUUUCUUUCUUCCUUUAUCUCUCCAGCUCCUUUACUCUCCGUCCUCUCUUUAUCCUCAUGGCUCUUUUCUCCCUCUCUCCUUUCUGUACUCUCUCUUAUCUCAGUAGCCUUUAUUUUUAAUCCUUUCCGUUCCACUCUUUCUCUCUCUGUCUCUCCAUUUCAUUUGCCCUGAUCCUCUAUCCCCCCAGGUUUUUUUUUUCUUCCAGUCUGUUGUUCUCUUCAUCCAGACUGCCUUGUCAGUGGGGGUUGACUAUUAGAGCCACAGUCACUAAUUGAAAUGGGCUCCCUCUGAUAAUGACUCGCCACAGUAGAAAUGUGUUGAAUUGGAUGAAAUGAAGAAAUGGAUCACGCAGACACAGUGUGAAGAGCUAAUUGAGUUGAAGAUUUCUGACAAAAGCCUGGGGAGGGAACGGCGUGUUGUAUGUUGUUCUGCUGUAGAGAGAACUUUGCAUCUUUUCACCUCCCUCUGUAUUUAUGGCAGCAUAUACCUCUAAUAACUCAGUGGUGAUUCAGUUGUACCUGCUACUGCUGCUGCUGCAACAGGAUCAUCAGUCAUUUGAAUCAAGUGUUGACACUCAAUUCAGUGAAACUCAGUGAAGAGUUUAUUUGAAAACUCUUAAAAGCACAGUCCACUGUAGCUAAAGUCAUGGAGGCUGAUUUUCAGAUGCAGUUUGGUGAGGUUUGAAUCAGCCAAAAAUUGAGCUGAGUGUUAGCCCAGGCAGGAUACAACCAGCUCAGCCCACAGCACAUCAGCUGAUCUCAUUUUCAGUCCAUAUCAGCCGACAGCUCCUGCACAUCUAUCUGGCAGAUCAUGUCAAAGUGAGAGUUUUCUCAGCCAUAUUCUUAUGAAGUGGCAGCAUGCUAAAGUUAGCUGUGCUCCGAUGUUAGCUAGUGGGCUGCUUUCCUGAUCAUUUCCAUCCAUAGUCUGUGCUGCUGCUCAUCAGUCAGUGAACUCUGAAAAGACCUGUCUUUCGGAUAAUUGAGGCCUAUGUGACUGAAGACCUGGAACACUUUAAUAAUGCAUGAUUCCAGUUUCCCAACCUGAGCGUGAUGAUGUCUCAGGUAAAUCCUAACCGUGGGAAUAUUUUUUACAAUUAAAGUGCCUGCCUGCUCUUCCUGCUUCUUUUACAAGCCACUCACUUCCAACCCAGUUCCUCUUUAAAUGCUGCAUUUGAAUUCUCCUGACUCUGAUGCCCACUCUGUUCUGUAUCUCGGGGGUCUUUGCUGCUGCUCUUCCUGUCUUGGCUUUUUUUUAUGCAUGCUCAUGAAACAGAGGGAAGAUGUGUUUUCUGCCUUGAGCUGUAACUUUUAAUUUUAUACAGAUAUUAAUUAGUUUACCUCAGAGAAAGUGGUUUUGUUUGAUGAAUGAAAACUGUGUUGCAGUGUCACUUCUAACAUGAGUCCAGCUUGAACAGGUACAAAGGUUAACUGUUUCUUACAGAUGUUGGUUAGCUUUAUUCACUGUUCUCUUUGUACUGACAUUGUUUCUUUUCCUGUCCUCUUUCCUUUCUUUCUACACCCCUCAAACCAUCCUCCUCUCCCUCCUUCUACUCCCCUUACCUCCCUCUCUAACUUGUAUCCCCCCUCCUUUGUGUCUCCCCCUCUCUCUGAUUUUCCUCUCAGGUGUUAUACGCUCCCCAGGCCAGGGAUCGCUUCACUGCUCCCUCCUUUAUGCAGCGCGACCGCUUCAGCCGCUUCCAGCCCACCUACCCUUACCUGCAGCACCAGAUUGACCUGCCACCCACAAUCUCGCUGUCAGAUGGCGAGGAGCCCCCACCGUACCAGGGUCCCUGUACCCUUCAGCUGCGUGACCCCGAGCAACAGAUGGAACUCAACCGAGAGUCGGUGAGGGCACCGCCUAACCGGACCAUCUAUGACAGUGACUUGAUCGACAUGGGAGGAGGCGGGAGCCUGGGAGGGGUGGGUGGUGGAGGGGGAGGAAUAGGAGGAGGCGGUCCGAGGCCGCCCAGCAGUAACUCGGGCAUCAGUGCGGCCAACUCCAGCAGCCAUGGGCGCAUGGAGGGCCCCCCGCCAGCGUACAGUGAGGUGAUGGGUCACUACCCGGGAUCAGCAUUCUUUCUACACCAGCACAGCAAUAACCAGAGGGUGGGGGGGCCAGGGGGCAGGACGAUCCAGCAGCAGAGCCAAUCAGAAAGCACAAUAGUACCUGCCAAGGCCAAGGACGGCCAACCGGAGGACCUGGUGUGAAGAGAGGGGAAAGGGGCAGGUGGGGGACACCCACCUGGACUAAAAACUGUCUCUCCUCCUCACCCUUGUAAGCAGUGGUCUCUCUAUCGCUCUCUCUCUCUCUUUCUCUCUCUCUGUCUCUCUCUGUCUCUCUCAUGUCCUCUUUCCUCACUCCCAUGCACAAACAAAUAUCAACCUUAGCAACAACAAAACAAGGAAAGAGAACCGACCCUUGAUUUCAUUUCAGUUUCGUUCCAGUGUUAGUAACUCAAAGCGCUAGCACCACAGGGGCAGGAUGUAUGCACUGCUCCCAGAGUCUUUUUUUUUUCCUCCUCUUCUUUUGGUUCGACAUGAGAAAGAAACAUUCUGCUAGCACAGAUUGAAACGAUUUGCUUUUUCGUCCCCUCGGGUGAAGGAUCUGUCCCUUGGAACUGAGAAUGAUGUUUUUAUUUUUGUUCUUUUCUUUUGGACCGGGAUCUGUGCACAAAGCGAUAACUGAGAAUCAAGGACUUACAGAGAACACAACAAAACAAGAGACUCACAAAAACCCAAAUCUUAGUGCCAAGGUUCAUGAGGAAGCAAAACAAAAGGGGGGAAAAUGACUCAUUCUAACAUUCAAAACACGAAAAGAAAAGUUAUCUAAAAGUUGCACUAUCUUUUUGUUGUAAAAGAGAGAAGAGGGAAUUAUGCUAUGUAAUGAUGACGAUGAUGAUGAUGUGUUUUGUUUUCUUUUUUUUUGUCCUUUUCAUGAAUGGACUGACUGUCUGAACUUUGGCUCCAAAGUUGUUCAAAUAGUUGGGAGCAAAAAACAAGUAUUAUAAGCUUAUGUCCUUCCUGUUUUUGAAAUACUGCAAGAAAUACUCUUACCCAGCCUACAACACCUCUGUCUGCUAACACCACAGGCACAGUGAGACUCAGUUGGAGAGGAAUCUCGUACGGCUCACGCCUGUGAACACUUCAGCCCAGUGGGAAAGAAAUCGGACUGGUGACCGGUCGCUGGGUGGACCAAACAUUUCUAACUUCCUUCAAUAGUUGUUUCUAAUCUUGUAGAAAAAUGAGAGCUGCUUGGCAAGACCUGACAUGCUCCAUACUGACAUUUCUGGUGAAUUCUGAAUCUGGAAUAAGACCGUAUGUCAUCACAUUGAAACAUAUCUAACAGUCCACCCAGCAGUCUGGUAACAGCUGAUUCUUCACUUCUCAACUCUGUCCUGACCUCUGAGCACCUGACACUUCCUCUUUCCUAUUUCCUGCAUCCCUGCCCCUCUUCCACCCCCUCCUUUCCUCUCCUCUCCUCUCACUGCUCAUCUUGACAUGCACAGUGCAUUCUGCCAACAGCCACACUGAACACGAACCCCGCCACCAUGACAACGAAAAACACAAAACAAAAACAAAAAGAAGGCUCAGAUCUCUGUCUUCACGUCUCUAAAGCCACAAAAAAAACCAAGACUACACAAAGUGAAGAUUCCUGUCUGCAUCUGCCAGCACAGCGAUCAGGUUUAAAACGAGGACUGUCUGUGGUCGAAGUCAAAGGGCUAUGGGAGGGUCCUUUUUGUAAAAGAAAACUUUUUUUGAAAAUCGAGCCUUUUUCUCUGCUCAUCGUUGCCUUCUCCUCUGCUCUUGCGCUUUCUCUGUCUCUCUUUUUCUCUCUCUCUUGUUUUUUCAUUCAACUCCAGUGCUCUGACCCCACUCCUACCCUGACCCUGCCCUGAGCUCCCUGCUUUUUAACAGUGUCUCUGGCAAAUGCUGUUUUUCACCCUCCUUCCUUCCAUCAUGUGCAGAAAAAGUGCGUUCAAAUGAUGCAGAGUCCGCCAAGCCCUUUAAAGUGAAGACUGGAGUGGAGCCCUCAUUUGGCAGUGCGCUAGUGCAGUCCUCUCUACCCUCCUGUGUGUGUGUGUGCGCGCGUGUGUGUGUACGUCUCUAUAUAUGUGUGUUUGUUAGACCUUUUAACAACACAAAAAGCACUUAAUGCUCCAACAGGAGUGUUGUGUGUGUGUGUGUGUGUGUUUGGGGGGCGGGGGGUUGUGUGUGUGUGUGUUUGUCUGGAUGAUUUAUCAGCUGAAUGCUUGUCUGAGUUGAAAGAUUCAAGGACAUAUAACUUAUUUGGCACAGUCCAUAUUGACCCAUCAUUAAAUAAGCUCUCGUUGAAGCCAGAGAAGUAUGUUGGGUGUUAUUGUGUUGCAGAAAUGACCUCAUUGUGAAAACUUAAAGUGUCUGUCACAGUCAAACUCAAAGUCUCCACCUUUCUGGGUGUAGCUGAAGAGCUGUGAGGUUGUACCUGAGGACUUGAACAAAGGGAUUUGAGCUUUUCACCGUGAGACCUCCAUUAUUCACCCCUUUGUCAGUUUAGCUUAAAUCAGACAUGAAACAUUUCCAGCUGACUGUUUUCUAAAUGUUUCAGAUGUUACCAAUUCUUUCAACUCCACCAAAGGACUUUGUUAGCUUGCGAGCUUAGAAAGCUGCAGUCUGGCUUUCAGCCUUGGCAAGGAGAAACAGGAGUUUUUAAGCUGAAAUUGCCUUAUUCUGUGAUUUUUUUAAUUACCAGGUGUGUUUGUUUUGGAGAAGAGGAGACCUCUGCGAAUACUUUUCCACCUGGUAAAAACCUCUUGAAUGAAAAGGUGACUUAAAAAGCCUUCUGUUUUGUUUUUCCCACACUGCUCUUUGGAACACAAAUGAGUUACCAAUGAUUGACGGGCAAAUUCUGGACAAAUUCAGUGUCCUCUCAAAUGAUAUAAAGUAUAGAAGUGUAUCAUUAAGCAGGAAAGCAAACUGUGUCCCAUUUCCAAACUGCAUUAUCGACUUAAAAUACUAAUUGUGAGUUGGUUGGAGUUAGACCGCCGACUGUAUAUUGACUUAAUGUCACUCUAUUUCCGCCCUUUCUGAUAUGAAGCCAGAAGACCACCUCUGUGUACACUGGUGCACAAACAAUCUGAUUGGUAGAGUUGUGUACCUGACAUGACGCCCUUUCCACAAGCAAACUCGCAUAAGACUUACCAAUUAAACACUGAUGUUUUUUUAAGGUGGGCCAAAUCCACAACAGAACCGACCCUGUUUAUCUGAAGCAAAUACUCAUGGUGUUGAAAACUUGAAGUAUUUGUUCCAUUUAUCCUCGCCAUUCCCCCUCGACUUCACUGACUCCAUAACAGGAGCAUCAGGAGCCCGCAUUUAUUCACAGAGCUGUCAGUCAUAAUGUCUCAUCCCCUCUGUUUCAAAUGAGAUAACUAAUUAAAACUAACACUUGGACAUGAAUCUGGUUUACUUGUGACAUAUAAAAACAGCAGGUAAAAUGUGUUAGCAAGAGGCUAACAGGAAGCAGGUCGAACAAUAGAAACAUUGUUAGUUUGUACAAUAGAAAAGAUUUCUUUUUUUUAUAUACAACCUUUCUCCAUCUGUCGAGGUUUUGGUUACUACCCAGCUUCCUGGCAACACAUUUGUGCUAUUCACUUUCCGUGUGCAGAACACCUAGGUGAUCAAUUCCAAACCACAUCAGCACUGUUUGUUAGUCCCACUAUAAGAAGUUUGAGAAAUGUGAUUUCAGUUGGACUAAUGUGUUCUAGUUUUUUAAAGUCUGGUUUCUGUCAGACUAAGCCAAAAAAUCUAAAUUUUGAACUGCAUAUAAACAUGCUUAUUGUGGAGGCAGGGGUUAUGAUCAUUACCGCAGCCAGCCAGCAGAGGGAGCUCUAAAUUAUUUGGCCACAGAUUCAGUAGACACUUAAUGCAUCUGUUUUUAAUCUAAAAUCUACAGGUUUGGCACAUUUGUCUCAUCAUCACAGUUUGUCAGUGAAUGCCCACGCAAAGAUUAGAACAUGUAUCUUACUGCGAAGUAUGAAGAGUUUUGUAUUUACUUUUAAUUUUUUUUAAGCAAUUUGUCGCAGCUGAGCAAAUCCCAGGAAUUGUCAUCCUCACAUCCUAGUUAGACGUUUAGCACACAAUAUUAAUUGCUCUCAGUGAGCGGAAAUGGAUUUGGGAUACAGUUAAGCUUUUGAUGCUUCAGUUAAUUAGAAAUUUUAAGUGAUUAAUGUCCUCCGCAUUUCUGGAUCUCUACGGAAAUGCUGUUGAGCGAGAGCAAAGUGGACAGUUCUUCCCUUGUGCAGCUCAGUUCUGACUUUACACGACUCAGACUUUAGGUUGGUGGAGAGACAAAGUUAAAAAGAAAGCCUUCUGACUCCAUUAGCAUCAGUGUGUUUGAAUGUAUGCAUGUGUUCUAGUUUGUUGUGUGUUUCUGGUCAGUGUGUUCAUGUGUCCAUCUGCUCUAAAACUGUGUGUGUGUGUGUGUGUGUGUGUGUGUGUGUGUGUGUGUGUGUGUGUGUGUGUGUGUGUGUGUGUGUGUGUGUGUGUUAAUACAUUGCUGCUACUAUUGCUGUUGCUGCUACUGCUACUAUUGUUGCUUCUGCUGCUUCUCAUGCCCCCACACCCCACCCCACUCCGCCCCACACCAGUUCUCUGUCCUUCUGCCCCCUUAACUCAUCCAAAACUAGAAGGAGAGAAAUCUGACCCUCUGCAGUCAAAAGCUCAAGCAUUGAGACACCACAUGGUCCUGAGUCCUGCAGGACGCUCUUGUACCUUUUUGUUACCCAGAAGCCUGAGUGAGUCAGUGAGGAGACUGUCCCGACUCUUUGGCCUUUGACUGCACGGACCUGCUUUAGACCCACCUUUCUUUCCUUUUUUCCCCCUCCUCUUCUGUUUAUUUUUUUUCUCGCCUUGUUCUGUCUGCGCAGUCAUUGCUUGUAAAUUGAGGACAUAAAGAUGAAUUUUAUGUUUUCUACAAGGAGGUUUGCAUGUUACUAUUAUGUGAGUAAAUAAGGUGCCUAAUGUUCAUGUUUGAGCAGACCACACCUCAGUCAAACUGCUGCUGGGAAUUGUUGCAGACGCUCUCCUCAGACUCGACCACCUGUCUGGCUCGGAUGGAGGAGAAAUAUUUAAGAAAGAGUUUCCUGUAUUUGCCAGAAAAGAUCCUCUCUGUCUUUGUGAGAAGUUGUGGACAGAUGUUACAGCUGUGGCUCUCUGGAGUCUGGAUUUGAUCUACUGUAUGGAAGUGGACUGAAGCCACAUUUAGAUUCGAAAUGAAGCUUUCCAUUCGGUGACAGGAACAGCAGCUGUGUAGCAAAACUCCAGCUGUCUCUUCAAACUGCAGCGAAACCUCAACCUUUGUCCUCUGCUCUGACGGUGAACAGGCAGGGAUUUUUGAGCAUGCUCAGUCCUACCACGCCAGACAGGAGCGGCGGUCCUGUCAGGGCCUCUGAAGUCAUUUCACCCAGUAAUUUGACCAGCGUGUGGAGCAGACAUAGGAACCCACUUGCACUCAAAAAGCUCCCACCUUCGUUGUGCCUCACUUCCAACGGUGCUUUUUUCAGUAGUCUGUCUUUCUUUAUGUUUGUUUGUAAGGUGCUGUAUAUAACUUGAAUAUAUUAUGCACAUAUCCUACCCAAUGGGUAGAAACCACAAAAAAUGUUGUGAAUAAUGUAAUAUAAUGUAUAGACAAUAUAAGAAUUUUAAGAAGGCAGCAUCAAAUUUGUAAAUGCCUACAGUUAAAAACGUGCUUUGUCUCUUUUUUUUUUUUAUCAGAAACAUGGUUUGCAAAGUAUGCUUAGAAUAUGGUUGCAACACAAAUACAAAUUACUACUUAUAAUAUUUUGCUAUAAAUAAUAGUCUGUUAUGAUAAGGACGAGAUAACCUGUGGAUUAAGGAACUUGUUGAGUUAUUGACUUGUUUAUUGGAUCAUCUAAAAACAAGCUUUCACAGUGCUUUCCAUCAUUUGGGUGCCGGCGGGUGGUUCAUUUUCACUGCUAUCAACGUACAAAUGUAUAGUUCAGAAAACGCACACAUCAGUUUGUGUUAAUGCCACGACGACAGCCAGCCUCGGCUGCAUCUUAACUCACUUUGUAAAUCGAAAAGCGAAAGCUGAGGCGUCGCAUUGCACUUCCAAACAUGGAGGACGAUGUGUCUGCACUCUCUCUAACCAUAUUUUAGUUCAGCUGUAAUUUUGUAUAUCUGCCAAAGUAUAAAUCUGUGGAGCACACUCAGCACAGCUCUAGCUCUGGCAUCGGUUUAAGCAUUUCAGCUCCGUUUCAGGAGGCUCACCGUCCUCUGAUGAGCAGGAAGAGUUACAAACAUUCACAGAAAAAAAAAGGUCAUUCCCUUUUCUUUUUUUGGGGUUAAGAUUGGAAAGUUGUACCAGCGUGAAAGGAGUGGGGAAAACGCCGUUCAAACUAUCAUUUAACUUUUUUUUUUUUUUUGUUAUCAUUUUUUAUUUCUACAUUACAAUGUUAUAAGUGGCACAGUAUAUUGAAAUAAAAGUCAUGUUUAAUCUGCAGUCAUUUAUUUACAGUAUGUACUGAGAAUAACUCCACUGUACAAUAACCGCAGAGCAUGUUCAUUCUUAUCUAUAGAUGAUGUACAUAGCAACGCGCCAUUUUCUCUUCAAAGCACCAAAUAAGUGGCAGUUGUGUAGUUUUAAUUUGGAGAAGUCUCUGUUGUAACUUUGCUGGAGCGCUGCUCGGCUCUCUUCUUAAUCGACUUUUCUGUUUUUUUUUCUUCUCUUUUAUUUUUGUUUCCUGCACUAGCUUGAAGAACUAACUUGGGCUCAGACUGAUCCUUAUUUGAUUUCUGCCCCUGCAGCGCGCUCCUUCUUUCCACUUAUCAAAAGUCUGUACUCAACUGCUGACUACAAAAAGUAGCUGAUUUUAUCGUUCCACAUUUUAACAAUGAUGAUGAUGAUGACGAUGAUGAUGAUAACAAUGAUAACGUCUCAACAGUUUGGUAUUCUCUCUGUCUUGACAGUUACCAUAGGACUGCUUCCAUCAUGGGUUUUGUAACAUCGAUUUGCUUUAUUUACAAAAUGACUCCUUCUCGUUCCCUCUCCCCCCUCUGUGCUGAAAUCUUGAUAUAUAUGUGACUGUAUUUAGUAAGCAUACAGUAUAUAUAUAUAUCCAAACACGGAGGUAAAAUUGUUGUGUAUUUUUGCCUCUUUUUAUUUAAGCAAUUGUGAUGUAAUAGGUUUUAGGCCUAAGGUCUGUUAUUGCAAUACUUUUACAGAAAAGAAGAAAAAAAUCAAAAAAUGUUGCUCUAAGUGCUGUUGUAGUCAAAGAUUUUAUGCUUGUACUUAUGCUGUAGUCAAACUGCAGCGUAAUGAAUAAAACUUUAAAAGUGA